AUGAGUGAACAGGAGGAUGAUCUUGUAUCUUUCUCUUCUUUGUCUACUUAUCAGAGCCCGUCUCCGUCUUGUAUGGCGAUGAAAGGCCAGGCAAGUCCACGCAGUCGUCUGGAACGUCAUCCCCCCACCGGACCAACCAGCGAACGCCAAUGGGCAGAUCGGACAUGGUACCCAUCCAUUGAUCGCCGAGGAGGCAAGAACCCCCCGAAGGGGUUACGGUGGAAUGUAAUCCGCCGAAGGCGAAGCUUCUAUUUCCUAAACUCCUAAUUUCUUUAUCUGCAAAUCGCGCCGUUUGAGGUAAUCAAGGCUGACAAGGGUCCGGCUAGAAGCAGCUCACCAGAUCCAUCAUCAAUUCUUCAUCAUUUAGAGAGAGAGAGAGGUUAAAUUUUCACUUUGGGCACACGGCUUAGGACACUCAACCCUGACAGUCGGGAGAACUACCGAAUUAUCCUCCCAUUUUAUACUCUAAAAGCUUGUAAAAAUGAUAAUUAGGAAUUCUUUCUUUGCCUUAAUUAGGAAUGAGCUUGUCUCAGAACAGGAGGCAUUGGCGAGUGCUUUAAGAUUUUUCUUUUUUUUUUAUGAAAUAAUCGAGGUGUGACCGAUUAUAUAACACCGACGACAGCUUAAAUGGUGCGCCGCACGAGUAAGAACAGCCUGUUUUCGAGCGAGGGUUUUCGAGCACAUGGCGUGCCUUGGUUAUAGCGUUCGCUAGGUGGUCAACUCUCACAGACUGUUGACAGAGGGGUAGCAUUAACGACUCAUUAAGUAUUCUAAUGAUUAGAAUCAUCUCAUAACAGGUUCAUCGAUGGGAAAACCGAGUAGAGUUAGGUCUAAGCUCUCUCUCUCUCUCUCUCUCUCUCUCUCGCUAUCUCUGUGGAGUAAAUUCUGGAGUCAGAUCUAUAACUACGAGGUGUCUGGUCUACAGACUCGGACGAGCAGGCGUUCCGAUCUCGCUUUACGGGAGGGUAUUAAUUGGUAAAAUUAAAGGGAGCGGUGGUGUUGUAUUUUAAUAAUGCAGCACUCGUACACUGUCCUCUUCUUUUUAUCGAUUCACCGUGAUAAAAGCAAGCGGCGGGCCAAGAUGCGAGCAUCAUAACAGAGGCCUCCUACCAUUUUAUAAAUCUCCAGGUAAGAGAGAGAUAGAGACAGAGACAGAGACAGAGACGGAGAUAGAGAGAAAGACAGGGAAGGAAUGGAGAAAAAGAGAGGCGGAGGAGCUUAAGUACCAGCUGCAACAAUACUCGCACCGGCGGUUCUUCUUGGUUCUCCUCGCCAUGGCUCAGCCUUUCCUCCCAAGCACUCCUUCCUCUUCCUACCAUGGGAGCCAGAGCGACAAGCUCAGCCUUAGCCGUACACGGAGCAGCACCAGCAAUGGGCGGGUUCACAGGCAGAGUAGCCACCAGCAACAGAGGCAGCUGCAGCAGAAGCAGCAUCGCAAGAAGAAGAAGCAGCAACCGUCCCCGCCGCCGAAGCCUCCGUCCUCGUGGGAGCAGCUCAAGAGCUUACUCACCUGUCGAAUCGUCGGGUUGACUCAGGUCCACGACCCCUCCUCCGCCGCCGCCGCUGGCGGAACGGCGAAGAACGGCUCCAAGUACUCCAAGCUGGGCUCAUCCUGCACCAGCAUCUGCACCUUCAAGGAUGUCGUUCACUGCAACACACGAGCCAUCCACCACCGGGGAGACCACGACGCUUUCCCAGACAGCUGCAGCACCGCCAGCGGGACCCUCGGCUCCGAGAUCGGCCUCCUCCCCGCCCGCAGCAUCUCCCGGCACAAAAACCUCUCCGGCAGCGGGGGCUACUCCGCCGCCACCUCGUCCUCCAGAGGUGGCUUGCAGCUGAGGAAGCUCUCCGGGUGCUACGAGUGCCACGCCAUCUCCGAACCCCGGAGGUAAAUUAAUCGCACGGCCAAUUCAAACCCGUUAGAGGAUGAACAUUCUGCAGUCAUCAGAAUCAAAUAUCGGAUUAUUUAGUCGUCUGAUGGCGGGCGAACCAGGUACCCCACGCCGAGGACCAUAUGCUCGUGCCCGGAGUGCGGCGACGUGUUCACCAAGGCGGAGAGCCUGGAGAUGCAUCAGGCCAUCCGGCACGCAGGUACCUGCCGGUUCACCUCCCUUUGCUUUCUGGGACGCCGCAUUUCCAUCCCCAACAGAGGAAGAGGCUACCUCAAGAUGUUGUGAAGGGGGGGUGGGGAGGGGGGGGGGGUUGUCUUGAGUGUGGCUUGAGAGUUCUCUCUGUUCAGAGAGGGACAAGGGGAGGCCCUCGUUUUGACUGUUCCAGAUGAAGAUUGGUGACGACGGCUUACUUUCUGCACCCCACCCAGCCUCCACUCGCUGCCGACGUCGCUAGGUUCUUGUUCGGUUUUAUCAGCUAGGCGGAGGAGAAAGUCUAGAGCCGCUACCUGUUGCAUUUCCAUAGAUUUUCCAUAGAUUCUGUGUUUGGUGUGAGACUAUUAUCUUCCACGGACCGAGAGGCCGCUCCUGUCUGUCUCUUAUAGAUUUCAAAAGUCUUCUCUUGCUGCCACUGGGCGGUAAAGCUCCAGAUCCUACGACGGGGUAGGGACGAUUUGAUGCUAUCCCUUAGUUUACGCGACCGUCAAUUAUCAUCAUCUGCCUCUAUCGUGUGGAGUAGAACAAGGGCCAGCACAGAACAAUUGCCAGUGAAAUAAUGGAGAAGGGAUUUUGGUUGCAGUGUCGGAGCUGGGGCCCGAGGAUUCGGGGAGAAACAUCGUAGAGAUCAUCUUCAAGUCCAGCUGGCUUAAGAAGGACCAGCCCCUCUGCAAGAUCGAGCGCAUUCUCAAGGUCCACAACACCCAGAGAACCAUCACCCGCUUCGAGGACUACCGCGACUCAGUCAAAGCGCGCGCCGCCGCCGCCCUCCUCCAACUCAACGCCGCCACCGCCAGGCACGGCGGAGCGGGGAAGAAGAACCCCCGGUGCGCCGCCGACGGCAACGAGCUGCUCCGCUUCCACUGCAGUGGCCUCAGCUGCAGCCUCGGCGCACGGGGCUCCACCAGCCUCUGCUCUUCCUCGUCGUUGUCCUCUCCAACGCCUUGUGGCGUCUGCACCAUCAUCCGGCACGGGUUCGCUCGAGCUCACCAUGAGCCCGGGAAAGGUGUUCGGACCACCGCCAGCAGCGGGAGGGCCCACGACUGUUGUCUGCGGGCCAGCGGCCAUGAACCAGACGGUGGCCUGGGGAGGAGAGCCAUGUUAGUUUGUCGUGUCAUCGCCGGGAGAGUCAGGCCGGUGGGCGACGAAGCGGCGGCGGCGCCGCCCGACGAGACCGGCUCCUCUUCCUCCGCCGCCUUCGACUCGACAGCGACGGUGCAGCACGGAUACUCCGACGGCGCGGCGGCGGGUGGGGCGUGCCCGAGCCUCGAAGAGCUCUUCGUUUCCACUCCCAGGGCCAUACUGCCCUGCUUUGUGGUUAUCUACCGGGUCACCGCCUGAUUGGAUGAUCGGUAUAGUAAGAUUAGCGUUUAGGUAAAUAAAUGGUCUUCGGAAUUAAGUCAAACAAUAGACCAGAGUUGUGUACAUCAUCAUCUAUUAAUAGCAUUCACCCACUCACCAACUAUUAAAUGAAUAUCGUCCUUUAUAUAACGUAAAAUAUAAGGUGAGAAAAGGGGUCCAUAAAGGGCACGUAGAGCAGUUCAUCGCCUCCGAGCCCCCUUCUUCACGGUAGAUUCUCUCUUUUUGUCCUUUCCCGACGAGCUUAUUCUUUCUUGUUUUUUCCCUGAAUUCUGAUGUUCCCCUUGAUUGAUUGACUGAGUCUCCAAUAAUGGGGGGCUAUCCUGGAAGCCCGCCGGUGCCAGACUGCCAUUCAUUUCCAUCUUUCUACCUGUCUCUCUCUCUCUCUCUCUCUCUCUCUCCGUUGGCAGCGAGGUUAGCAGCAAUGGUGGGACUACAAAAUCCUCCUGGCGGCCAGGUCCGGAUGGCCGGCGCUCCCGCGUGCUCACUUGUCUCCGCAAUGCCCGGAGGACCAUGGGUUUGGGAGAAAGGCGAGCAUUAACAAUUAGAACGAGGUUCUACACCAGAGCACGAUACGAAAGGCGGAGUUGUUCAUCUGUUCACGUAAAAGAGGGGGGGAGAGGAACGAGGGUGGAACUCAGAUUCGCCCUCAACCCCCGCACUUUCUCUGAUUAGUCAUGAUGAAUCGUAUUUAUAAAAUAUAAUUUGUUUAUGGCGUUCGUAUCCCAGCGGAAGCUGCGCUCAGAUCCGUGAGCAUCUUUCAACUGUUCUCUCUCUGCGAGUUUGUAAGAUCCAGUGGAGAUGGAGGAUAGUCUUUCGGGCUUGGCUUGGUGAGCGGAAUAACCAUCCGAUUCGUUUCGACCAGCCCACAACCCGUGGUGGGUCGCUUCUCAAGGCCGGCACGAGCUAGAACAGGUGCUCAUCGCACGGACGAGAUCACCCACCUGCCCAGAGAUCUACCUCCGCAGCGAUGAAUGCGGGAGUAGAGUAGAGAUAAACCAGGAAGGAAUCGAAAGGAGAAACGAUCGUUGCCCUCUUUCCGUUCGAUCUUUGAGAAUCCCCGAAAGAAGCCCAGUUUUGCGAAGAAUGAUAAUCCUAGACAACCGGGCGAAAGAGGAAGGUGAAGAAGAAAAAAGGGGAAGGGAAAACUCAAAAAAUCGGCACAGAUCACCAGAAUUGGAUUUACAAAGAGGGGAACAGGAACCUUUUCCGAACUCCUUGUUUUUUUCCUUCAAUAGUAACCAGUGGAUCAUACAAGAAAUUCCUCGACACCGGCGGCGGCUUUCAUCGGCUGUCGAAGAGGCCUUCCUUGAAGAGAAGCCCGAACAAGAGGACGACAAAGCCGAGGAGGGUGCACUGCGUGCUGGAGAUGAUGGUCUGCGAAUACGCCGACAUGGUAAUCCCCGCGCCGAGUAGCCCGAUCAGGAGGCAAGUCGUGUUCUUGUUCAUCUUCCCCUUCCUCUUUCCUACGCCUUUCGAUCUAUCCGGAUGCACCUUUUAUGGGCCUCCAGAAAGAUUCAGCAAUAGCGAGGCGAUGGGAAGUCAACCUUCCAUAGAUCUUCGCUAAAUCGAAAGGGUGUGCCCUUUGCUGACAUCCGAGGGCUCAUUUCCCUCUAGGCGAAGAAGAGCUCUACCCCAAAUUUCCGUGAGAUGCAGAAACCGGAAAGUUAUAACGCAGCCGCCACAACAACGUUGACGCCGAAUCGAGAAGUCAUGUCGAAGGGUUAACUCCGGCCACUUGGACGAGCGAGGACGAUGGGCAAAUUCGUCCCAGAGAGUUGACUAUAGUUUUUAUGAUCCUUAUUCUAUUAUACACCAUUACAUUAAUCCUCCUACCCCGAUCCAAACUUUGAAAUGAUUGCCGCCUAUCACAGCAAAGUCAUCCGGACAUUUCUGAAAAAAUAGUAAGAGAAAUCCAACUCCUGGGGACUUGGAGGACGUGUUAUUUUGAGACGAACGGAAUGUUGAACGACAAGAACAGGCCGUGGAGGUAAUCGUAAUCGUUAUUUUCCUCGAGAAAUGUGUGUGGAGAACUCUGGGUAAUCUUUCUUCGUUGAGAAGAUGAUCCCGAGCACAGGGAUCAGCGCCCUUGUCUUCUUCUUCUUCUUUGUUGGCGUAGAAGCCUUGGCUUGGGGUGCUGAAAACUGCCUCUCGAAGACCUCCGGUGUCUCCAUAGCCAUGACUUCAGCGAGUGAAGGAGGCUUGGCAAAUUUGACGCAUCGUCUCUUCUGAAUCUCGGGUCUUCCAUCGGUGUUUGCGGGCUUCUCCCCCGCUUUCGGCUGGCUUGAAUUGCCCAGUGACUCGAUAUCUUUGACCUCCGGCUCUUUCAGGCUGUUCUCGGUCUUACUCGGUUUCAACUCUUCGAGUUCCUUCCUGGUGUUGUGGAGCUCCUCCUGGAGCGAAGUGAGGGUGGUCAUCAUCAUCAUGCCCUCUUGUCUCGUUUUCUCGAGCAUCUGCCUGGUUUCUUCAAGCUCGGUCUGGAUCGAACCUAACCUGGACAGCCCGUUUUCCUCAGUCUUUCUUGCUUCGGUCUUCAUCUAACAGAGAGGAGAGCAAUCAUCAGCUUAAUCACUACCGAAUGAAUGCUGGAGAAGAUUACCUUAGGUUCCUAACUUCACAAUUGAUAGAAAAGGUUUCAGAGAAAGGAAAUAAAAUAAUUUUAUGGAUAGCUCUAACGAUCGUUCUCUUCGUCAAACAAUCAUCGCCGAUAUGUGGCUUGACCGAGAAGACAGUCAUCUCCUCUGAGGGUUAAGGCAAAAAGGACACGUUAAGAAUAAACUCGACUGUCAAGCCUCGUGAGAGACCAGUUCCAGUAGCAGACUGCGUUGGCCUUCUCAUGCUCUAACCAGUCACACGAGGAAAAGGAAGAGAAGCAUGGAGGGGAAUGGGGCUUCCCUUGAAUUAAACCAGUGAAUUGGCGAGAGAGGAUGAUGUAUAACCGUUAGACAUGUGAGAUGAUCAACCACAGCCUACUAUUGCUUUGGGGGAGAGAGAGAGAGAGAGAGAGAGAUGAAGAUGAUGAUGAAUGAGUCCUGCGCUUUCAUACCUCAUUAUGCUUGUUGCCGUAAAUCCCUCCGGCAAGGACUGUCUCUCCGAACAGCAUGACGGCUUCCUUCACCGACCGGAAGGGAGCUCGGGUGUCGAUCUCAACUCUCCCGAUGACAGCACCACCACCGCUCUCCAUUCUCGGCGUUAUCUUCUGUUCUUCACUCCUUUCUCUUUUUCGUAGCGAAAUGUCUGUUCUUAUAAAAGCCGAGGAGAGGAGCUGAGUUUGCCGUGAGAGAGAGAGAAAGAGGGAAGGCAGAAGUUCAGCGGGGGCGCCGGUGGGGGCCGGUGCGAGUGGGGGAAGACGGGCGGUGGCCGGGGGGAGUUUCAUGGAUACGUAAAGUGCGGGCGUGAGGUUCGAACUUAACGAAGUCUAAUAAAAUCAUGUGCCCCGUUGCUUAGCGUCCACUUCACUGUUAUUCCGUCAACAUUCUUGGUGGUUAUGGCACCUCUAACAACCACCAGUUCAAUUCAUUCUUCGUUUCCAGUACACAUCUCUACAGACGCCGUGAAGGAAGCCUCUUAGAGAAUAGGUUGAGUUCUUUAGUAGAAGCUUAAGACUCUGACUAGUACGAAUUCUAUGAUUCAGCGCACCAGCGCUCUAAAUUAUAAUUAUUUUGAUAAAUUCUUGAAAUUCUUCUUGCAUUCAACCGCUGCAUUUUUUUAUUUCUGCGUUGAACCAAACACAGUUUGACUUUUAUGAUUAUUUUUGUGCAAACUUGUGUUGAUUUAGUGUACAAGUCUAUACUUGAAAAAUAUGGUAGAUUUCUUCUAGUGAUACUUUUACAUGGUAAUGAUAUACUCCGUACUAUGUUAGAGCCAACAUUUUAUUUGCACAAAAAAUUCAAAGAGUAAGUGCCAAUCCUAUUACUAACGACAUAUCUAUUCUUUGUCAACAGAAUAGCAUGUAUUUAGAGUCAACUCAAAUUUUUCAUUGAAUAAUAGGUGUUAAUUAUCCACCAACCGCAAGACAUACUACUACAUAAGAAGCCAAAAGUAGUAGUCAAAAUCUACUGACAUUUAUAACUAUUUUUUAAGGUACAUAAGACUUUGUCAAGUCAUCAUUAAAAUAUUUCUUUAAUCUUAUGAAUAAUUCAUUUUAAUGAAAAAAAUACAGGAAUGUUAUCAAUAAAGAACUCUCUAUCUCUCAAUCUCUUUGAAAUGCCUCAUUGAAGAUGAGAAAUUUUUGUCAUGUUAUCAUGUUUUUUUAUGAACUUAAUCACAUAUCUAGACUUCUUAACCAAUUUAAUAAGUUGUUAAUUUUUUGGGUCGUAUUUUACUUUUAUAAUAAUAAAAUAAGACCAAAGUUAGGCUUCCCUUGUAAGAAAAGUAAUGUAGGACAUUUGAAAAACUAACAUGCAAGUAAAAGGCUAAAAAUCAAUCUUUGUAAGCAAAACUAGCUUUUUGAUGGCUAGCCUAUCCAUUUAUGCUUGAAAUGCCUAUGAAAACCGAGUAGCUAUUCAUCUAUGGGGAACUUGGCACUCAAAACACCCUCAUAAAUAAGUAUCAAAGAAAUCUGAGUGUUGAAUGAUCAAGGAGGAUAUGAUUAAAAUUAAAAUGAAAUAAAUGUAUAACCGAAAGGGAAAAGAGUGCUAGACAUAAGUUAGAGUAGGGAAUAUGAAAGUGUGGGGGUCAAGAUAGCUACUUCUCAUGAUGCAUCAUUUCAUUUUGAACAUGUAAUUAUUUUUUCAAGUAAUCUCUUCUCUUUAGUUGAGGUUACACUUACUUAGACCCAACCAUAAUUGAAAGCCUGAAGCUUUGACUAUCCAAAUUCUACAAUGGGGUGUGUCAACUUUUGAAAAGAAAAGUUAAAUCUUGUUUUGAAAAAAUAUAGAUGAAUAUAUAGAUAUUUUUAUCACGGGUGUUCAUUUACUAUAAUUUGAGCAUGACAUUACAAGUCAAUCCUCAUCAAAUUUUCUUGAUAUUGAGAGAAACACAGGCAAUGAGAGGCCACAACAACCAGAGUAUUAUAGGAUAUAGGAUAGUUGAUACCAAUAUGCUCUCCUCUUGAUUCACUUUCUUCUCGUAACCACAAUCUCACAUUUUAUAAUAUAAGUAGCUAAUAUUUAAAGUAAAAUUUGUAUUUUCCAUGAAUCUAUAUAUUCCCUAAAUGACUAAGGUCGAACCCUUUUAGUGUUUGUAGGAAAUUUGUUAUGCAAUGGUAGCAUCAAGAGUCAUCUAGCAUAGAUUAUCAGAACAUGCCCAUCAACCUGCAAAUAUACAUACCGUCAGGGAAUUUAGGUACCCUCGGUCAAACGUUUAUGAUACUUAACAGGGUUUAGAUAAGUACCAAACGGUAAAAAAUCGCGCCAAAAAAAACAUCUUAUUUGAAUGCAGUGUAUUUUUUAUUUUUCAAAGUUUGGUAUAAAGGCGAAUGCAUUGCUAUAACUUGUGGUCGACAAACCGUGGUUCAGAUGCUACCUUGUGUGAACUGCGGUUUAGAAGACCUGGAAUUGCACUCUCCGUUCGAACAGCCACGUAGCGGGAAGAGGCGGCCAGCUAAAGGCGGUUCGUAGGAGGGGAUCUUGGUUGGCCUGUGGCACUUCGUGACGUCGACGGCUGUAGUUCCUGCAGCUAGACCAGCUUCUUACGCCCGGAUUCAUGCUCUAUUCGUAGUCUGAGGGAGCAGAAGUGCGAUUGUUGUCCCUAGAAGUGGAGAUGCAGAAGAGGAGGUACGGGCAGGUCUUCUCAGGUGACGACGAAGAGGAUGGAGAAAUUAGACGGGGUGAAGGCAGUGAGGGGGAGGAUCCGAAGAAGGUACGGGUAGGAGGAUUGCAGGAACCUGACGACGGGGAGGCAGCAGAAGAAGAAAAAGAAGAAGAGGGCGAAGAGGCUAGAUGGAGAGCACGGGAUGCAGAGGCUCCAAGGAAUCCAUGGGGAAGAGGAUUGCAAGAGGUAGAAUCAAGGAAAGCUGACAGCGGGAAAGAUGAGAAGAGAGAUGAUGCACAGGAGGACAUAAAGACGGUGAUUUCUGAUGAAAACAAGCUUUCAAACGGCAUUUCUGAUAAUGAAAGUGCAUCCUCGACUCCUGACAUCCUGUCUAGAGAAGAAUCUCCAGGACCCACGAUAGCGGAGAUUCCGAGAAGCCAUCCAAGUGAAGCCUCAGAAAUUCACGUAGCUUUAGAGAAAUUGGGGGCAUUGACGGGAGAUGUGCAUCGUGUGAGGUGGCUGGAGAAACUUGUUCAAGGAUUUCGGCUCGUUGGCAGUUUGGAGGAAAAUGUGUCCUUGGAUAAUGGGAAGAAGGUGAGUGAGCAUGCUGCAAUUUUAGGCCUUCUUUCAUCAUCCUGGGGACUUUUUCCCGGUUUUCGAUACGUCUUCUGUUUCAUCAAAUAGUCAAUCUUUGUCUGGUUUCCCGAUCGGAAAUAAGCUCCCGGAACUUAUAACUCAGUUUUCCUUGGAUCUUGAGUCGUUGAGUUUAAGUAAAUGCUCGACAGUUUAUCGUCAUAGUUCUAACUUCCGUUUCUUUUUCUUUUUUUUCAGGCUAGGGAAAGCUUUUCCUGGCCAGAUUCUGCUCUUCCGAUGAUAGUUGCUCUUGAGAAGACAGUGCACGAAGCUCUUGGCUCCGAUUUUCGCAAGUAUAAUCAAAAGAUGAGGAAACUGGAUUUCAAUUUUAAGGUCAUACUCAUGCUUAUUUGCAUAAUUUCAUGAACUUUUGAAUCAUGCGCUUCGUCUCUCACAUUCAAUAACCAUCAAUAAUCCACAAGAACAAAGAUUCCGCAUGAUAAGGAAUCUUCCCACUGUAAUAAAGUAUUUCAUCAUCCCAUAAAGCAAUUUUCUUAUUGUGCUUGUGCAUAUCAAUGCCUCCGUUUAAUGAGCAAUCGAACCUUCCAGCGCAACGCGUUGCUCACAAGACGUUUCCUAAAGGGGGAAUUAGAGCCUAAAGUGAUUCUCAACAUGACUCCAGAGGAGUUGAAGGUAAAAAAAAACCUCUCAUCUUCGUUCGUUGACAUUUUUCAUGAAAUGGGCAUUCCUUCGUUAUCAUUUCUGAGGAUUAAAUUAGAGAAAAAUUGACAACGUGCAAUGGUUAUGAGCAAAAGAUAUUUAACUUAGUUUGAGUGCUUACGUGCUUGAAAUGCGCGUAUUUUUUGAAAGCAAUGGUUAAUCAGCGUAUUCUCCAAUAAACACAGUAUUGGCCAGUGUUGUCUCGCCUAUUAUACAUUAUCCAUUUAUUUAAUAUUAUAAUUUUAGGCCCAGCUGAUGUACAAAUCGUCCAAGUAAGGAUCAUCAAUUGCACCAUGGUUUUUAAGGAUAUAUGAGAAAAAGAGUGCAUGAAAGGAUGCAUAUAUAUUAAGACCAUAACUCCCUACGAACAGUUCCAUUUUAAAGCGCAUAUCUUCGCCAUAGCAAUUGCACUUGUACUAUCUACAUUUUUUUUGUCUGAUCUCGUGAUUACACGUUUAUUUUAUUUAUCUAUUAGGGUUUAUUUUUUUUAAUUUUCUAGGUUUUUUUUCCAACAUUUCCCUUCUGGAAAUUCAGGAAGGCUUGACUUUUAAUGAGAAGAAGAAGAAGGAGCCUGAGCAGUUGCAGUACAUUCAGGUUCUGUUUUAUGUUAAAAGGCUUUCUGUUCCGGAGGUCCUGGUCUGGAUGCCCUCAAACUAGGCUUCCUUGCGCUACGUCAGAUGGCAGAUGCUCGGUGUUCGAGAUGCGCGGAAAGGAAGGUGGGGGUCGUAGAGAUCAUCCAUGCGGGAGGAUCUGGUGAUAGGUAUCAGGUCAGUAAUUUAUCUCAUACUGGGUACAGUCCUUCUAAAACUUGAUAUAAUUUCCGCUCUUUUUGUUGGUCUCCUGAAGGCCUGCUGAGAUUUUAUGAUGUUCAUCCCACCCGUUUAAUCCAGUUGGAGUGUGCUUCAUGCGGCCACACCUGGUCUGCUUCCAUAGAUGAUGUGUCCUCGUUGACCAUCGAUUCACCAAGAGCGGUGGGAAACGUCGGUGCUGCACCGUGGGCCACCGCCAAGUUUGAAGACGUCGAGAGGAAGCUGCUGAGCCCCCAUGAAGCUGGGAAGUCCUCGAUCGAUCUUCCACAGAGAGAAGUCGAACCUUACAUUCCCGUGCUAGAGACGCGGAGGUCUCUCGACAAGUGGAAUCCGGAAGACGUUCCUGACUCGGCCACACUCGCCGGCUAGAAUGAUACUUUCUUUAUGGUAAGUACAAAGACCAGUGUUUCCGAGAUCAGUGGAAUGAUACAAAGAUUACAGGAACUUGGCAAGUACAGUGAAACAGUUGUAUAACUAAUAUUCUCCACCUCUCCAGGCCUUGUCCCAUGUCCGGAAUGAACGACAGGCGGCUCCAUCUCCUGCCUCUGCAUGGUGAUAUCGUCUUCCUUCGAUCUUUCGGAUGUUCUCGGUUCGCUGAUCUCCGUCGGCCGGCGCCGGUGUAGGAUUAUUUUUAAGAAUAUACACGUCGAAGUGUCGCUGCUCUCUCCCUGGGGAGUUGGUGCCUGGGAUGGAGGGGACGUUAAUGGCGGCUGAUGGUAGUCGGGAGAUAUGGAGAGAGAGAGAGAGAGAGAGAUGGGGGGAUCUGCCUUUGGAAUUACUGUUUUUUACAUCUAUGUUUGCUAUUAGCAUAGCAAGCCCAGACUGAUAUCUGAUCCAGUAUUGUGAUUUGAACUCGUGGAUCCUAACUUUUUCUGUUCAGUAUUGAGGGUCUAAUAUUUUAUUUCUAUUAUUACUAAGAGUGUCUAAUGAAGUAGUAGGAGAUAAAAACGAUGAGGUGUCCAAUACUUUUCACUCUUGCAUACGUAUUAUUAAACACAUUUAUUUUUAUUCUAUAUUUAAUUCUAGUUUCUUGAACGUAUAUACGUAUUAUUCAUUAUCUUUGCAUUUUAUGAACAACCUCUUUUUUGGAUAUUCGAUAGAAAAUUUGUGGAUAUAUAUCUCAUGAUUUCGAUAAUUUGUGCCCAUUUCUCAACAACAACAUUAGAUUUAUUUCAUCAUGCAAAACUAUUUAUUUUCACACAUUUACAAAAUACAUUCUGGGAAGUUGCCCAGACAAAAGGCUUCCAUGUUUUACGUCCUAUAUAAUUCCCUACCCUAUUUACAUAAAUCUCUGGAAAUCCCCCAGCUUUAACCUUUAAAGCUCUCAGUUCCAGUUCCUGACUCCUGUCGAGCCGGUUUUCUGAACCCCAGCUGCUGGCUGAGGAUGAUUGAAUCUCCUGGAUGGCUCAGCAGUUGACGGAAACAAAGAAAAAGGGGAAUCUUUGGUCAAGAUUUGGCAAGAUUUCGACAGCACAAGAGAUGGGUCCGGCGGCGUUUCAAGAGUUCAUGCUCGCGGUUCUCAAGAGCCUGCGGAACUCCGACAAGCUGAUCUUCCCAUCCUUAUCUAUGUCAGCCUCCUCCAGUAAUGGGUCGAUGGACCCCUGCAAUCCAAUGUGCUGUAACAAAAAAUAAUUGUAUAAAUGAAUAAUUUUUCAAAUUUUAUUAAAAGGAUUUCAAUUCAGACUCCCACUUAUUCUGAAUAUAUGAGGUAAAAUAUAUGUAACAUUUAUGUAUAUGUGAUGGAAAUAAUUCGUAUUCAUCAUGGAGAAGUAGAAACAGACGUACCGUUCUGAGCUCCUCAGGGGUGAUGAACCCAUCUCCAUCCAAAUCAAAUUUCUCGAAAGCAGACUGCGACCGAAGGAGCCAUUUUUCGGAGUCAUGUUCAACGAGCUGAUGCACCUGCAGGGUUGCAGCGACGAAUUCUUCGAAGUCAACCCGCCCGUCAGUGUUGCUGUCAAUCUGCCCCAUGAGUGAAGUUAUUAGCACGUCAUUUGUUAGUUGUCACUUUUAAAGCUAGAGACUGGGGAUUAAAUGAACUCGAAGCCUGAACCGUAGAUUCAAGCAAAAUUACCGCACGGAGUAUCUCAAGAACACGCGGUUCCUUCUUUCUCCAGGGAACAUCUUUUGCAAGAGCCUGUGAGACAGAAUAUAUAGCGGGUCAUAUUAAAAGCAUCAAUUAUGGAAAAGAGUCGUAGUGGAGUAGAUAUGUUCAUAUGAAUUCAUUCGCAAUCUGAAAAUAGGAUAUAAAUACUCCACAAUAUGGAUAAAUAAAUAAACGGCUCACAUGUCUCAUUUCUUCGAGACUGAUGGAGCCGUUUUUGUCCACGUCGAUUGCAUCAAACUGGUCAUAGAGAUUAGAUAGCUCCUCCUGAUCGAUCGUACUCGCCAGUGCCUACACAUUAUAAACGUCUCUGUUUUAUGCCCGAUAAGUAAAAUAAAAUAUUUUCUGCGUUUAAAAAAGGAAAAAAAGAGAUAUAUACCCUCAAUGCAAACUGCUUGAAGCAGCUGUACUUCACAAACUGCCUCAUGCUGUUCAGAACGGAUAUGUCCAGAGGGAUUUCCGAGGCAUCACCCCCUUCUCUCACCCAGGGGUGUGCUGGUAAUAUUUGCAUCAACAUAAAAUUGAUUUUGGUUUGUCAAUGAUAACACCAAAUAGUAUGAAUAUCGUAAAAUUCAGUUGAGCAUAAUGACCACAUAAAAUUCAAUUCUUCAAGACGAUUCAUUUAUAGAGAAUCAAAGAACGGAGGAGAGCAUGGAAAAGUAAUGCUGCAUAAUUCAUAUUGUUUGGAUUAGUUGGCUUUAAAUCCUCUUCAGUUUUUAGUCUUAGUUUCUGUGAGAGAUGCCUGCCUAACCGCGGUUAACUCCACCAACCUUUUAACCCCACAAAGUGGAAAGAGCAUUAUGCAUGAAAAUACUAAAUCGUGUUCCUUGCCCUCAUCUGUAUCUCUCUCGCUCUCUCCCUCUAGCCAACACUAUGCCUUCUGAGUCAGGUAGGAGCCAGAAGCACAAGCCACUCUCUUCUUCAUUCCCUACCUCUCUACUCAUUGAGGUGUUACUUGAUGUGGGUUUCUUGUUCUAUUUCUUAAAAAAGUAGGCAGCUAUCCAAACACAAAUGAGAUAUUAAAAGAAUAUUCCACAUUGGUCCAAGAAAGGUCACCGGGGAGGGGGAGUAAAUACUAGGCCACGGCAGGCUUCUGAGGGCAAGAAUCUUAUCUAUAAUUAGAUUGAUCCUCGAACAUACUCAUUAAUAAUGUGUGGGUAAAGUACGUACAGAGUGCUUGAGCUGCUGUAAGUCUAGCUCGAGGAUCCUUCACUAGGAGCUUUCCAACGAAAUCCUUAGCACUGCUGCUUAUGCUUGGCCAUGGUUUCCGACGAAAAUCUGGCUUUUUCCUUAAUACCUACAUCAAGUGGUCGUUAGAGACGAAAAUAUGUUAUUAGAUUUCUCGGGGGAAUAUGAAUCAACAGCAAGAAAUGACUAUUUGUCUGAUAAAAUAGACCAAAAAGGGGAGAAAAGCCAAACUGUUCGAGAUAUCACUUUACAUCUACCAGUGAAGGGGAGGAAACGUAGAAUUAGGCUAAUAUAAAUUCUUGUGAAAAGACUGUACACUAAUACUCGGCUAUUGAGGUUAUAAUUAUAUGAUGCUGUAAGGGCCUUGUUUAAACCUUUUUCUGCAUUACAAAAAACGUAAGUGCAUUAUAAGGAGUUAUUCAACUUUCGUCAAAAUAAGACAGUCUGUUAAUUCUUUAUACUGGGAAAUUACAGAAAAUGAAAGAUCGAUUUGGACAUGAACAGUAGUGGCUUAAAAUAGAAUGCCGUAAAUGAGAAAAUAUUAUACCUCCUUGAAAAUUCCUUCCUCAGUUUUAUCCCAAAAUGGUCUUCUUCCACAAAGCAAAAUAUAGGUUAUCACUCCAAUGCUCCAAACAUCCGAUUCAGGUCCUGAUCUUUGUUUCAGUACCUCUGGAGCAACAUAGUAGGCACUUCCAACGACAUCAUGGAACUUCCUCUCUGCACAGUAGAAUCUUCUUCUACAUUACCAUUGUUUAUUCACGUAGAGGGUCUCCAAUCAGGCGGUUCGGCUCAAAUCAAUAAAUUUUCAGUACUAGUGUUGAUUAUGCGUACCGGGCACAAUAAAAUCGGAGAGACCAAAGUCUGUUGCCUUGAGGGGAGAAUUUUCUAUGGUUGAUUUAAAGAGAAAAUUCUGCAUGCCCAGAUAUCAACAGAUUAAUAUAUGCAGUAAAAUAAAAUUACAUUUUUUUUUUUACCAUAGAAAUAAUUAUCGGCAUCCGUUAACUUUUUCUGCCUCUACCUCGGGUUUCAUGUCUCUGUGAACCAGUCCACGCAGAUGGCAUUCAGCUGCGACUUUAAGCAUCUGUCGGACGACUAUAGCUGCAUCUUUCUCGGCAUAACAGCUAUCCUUUCUGUUCAAAAUCAUCUCGUUACCAACUAAAUAUGUUUAAGCAAAAUAAAAAAAAAAUUAAGUAACGGAAUGCACCUUUUAAGGACUAAAAAAAAACCUAGUUUUAGUUUCAUAUUCGUACAGAGAUUCUGUAAAAUACUAGAAUAAAAGUUUAUUGUGGUCCAAAUGGCCCGAGGAUAAUAUUGCCCGCAUAAAAAAUAGUUUGACAUUUAUUUUGCGUUUUCUCAACUCUCUGAUUUCUGAUGCAGCUAUUCUUAAUGAAAAGAAAUUUCCAUGUGAACUUACUUGGACAGUAUUCGAUCCAGUAGCUCACCACCUUCACAUAACCUGAGGAAUAUAAUAAUGUGACUAAAUUAAAAGAAAGGAGAAUGUCAUAUCAUAUAUCUUACAUAAAUCAUGGGUGAUCUUAACAAACAAAAAAACCCACAAAAACUUGUGCUAACAGAAGGAUUAAAAAUAAAGGAUAAAAAUUACUAAAAUAUAAGUACUGCAUCGGAGAGAAGUUCAUCCCCCGGUGUAAGUAUAUUUAUUCAAAAGCAAAACAUAAGCUCCAGCCAAUUGGUGGUAGACAGUCCUUGUUAAAUAAUAUGAAGUGAAUUUUAACUCAAACCCAUUUAAACGCCCUACGAGAUGAACGCCUUUGCUGAAACAUCAAGAAAAACUUCCGAGAGCGAAAAUAUUGCUCCUAUGUUUUCGAAUAAGGUUGAAACUUUAAUUAACAUUUUUAUAGUAGAUAUAUUUUCUGAAUUAAUAAUAAUUACAAACAGUACUGAAAUAGAAGAUUAUAUGAUCUGAGAACCUAAUAACCCAAUGUGAUAGCAAAAAAAAUAUGUUAACUGAAAAAUGGACAAUUCUAUGCGGUUAUUUAAAUGAAAACGUCUUGAAAAAGCUAUGUGAUGAAUGAUAAUGCUAUCCUAUUUUUUUACCAAUCUUUGCUGUGAGUUGUUUUCACAGUUGAAAUUUAUUCACGAAAUAGACAGGCAAAGGGGUAGAUCACUAAGUCUAUAUGAUAUAGACAAUGGAAGAUGACGAGGAGACUGGUACUAUAAACAAUUUUAGAAGCAUUCCCAAUUAAAUUUUCAGCAAUAUUCUUACUCCAUAACUAUAUAUACGAAAGAAUCAUCUUCGAAUGCAUUGUAGAAUUGAACAACAUUCUCGUGGCCUGUGAGAGCUCGCAAUAUCUUUACUUCUCUCUUUACAUCUUCAACGGCAGUACGACGAACCAUCUGGAACCAGAAAAAUGAAAAUAUUGAAUUAAGUUCAUUGCAUGCUAAAGGAUAUAAUUAUUUCGCAUUAUUGUUGACACAAUUCACAUUGUCAGCCAAACGGUGGCGUUCAAAAACAUUCAACCAAGCUUUCAACUUUCUUAAAGCUUACACCGAUUCAAAACAAUUUAGAAAAACAUUCCACGAUGAUUUUUUUAGUAAUGUUUUAACAGCAGUAAAACAGUUGCCCUUUAACAUCGAAGAGAAUAAUUGUAUAAUUUAAUUUUCCAUCAAUAUUUUGGAUUUAAGUUGAUCUACUUCCAUAAGCCCUAGUACUCCAGGGGGACUCUCGUGCUUCCAGGAGCUCAUGAGCCAUUUAAAGUUUCAUUAUGACUUUGAAAACUCUAUUUACACAGGACUAACUUAAAAACAAUUUCAAGAAGAUCAAAAUCACGGCUUUAAACUAGAAUCACUAACCAGCGUCCACACUCAGACAAAAAGUUUCACUAUUGCGAAAACAAGAACUCUUGGAAAGGAGGGCAUUCAAGAACAUAAAUCAAUAAACUAUUGCUAGAGCAUCGGAAGCCCAUUCCCAAAACCGAAAUUUCUAUGUUCCUGACAGCAGAAAAUUAUCCACGAUAAAAAUUUUACUAACUUUGAACGUAUGAAGUUUCACACACAGAUGACUGAGAUAAGGAACCACAGGCCUUCAGAAAUAAAGCAUAUAGAAAUCAAUUUGCGGCCUAGAACCUGCCAAACCGAUGGCCAUCAAAAGAUGUCUUAUGACGAUGAGAAAAAUAUUCCAAGUCGAUGAAGUCCGUCCCCCCCCCCCUCCCCCUUAAUGAUGCCAACUUUCUGGAAACAAUAAAAUAAAAGGAUCCAUCUCAAACCCAUAAAAUUCAACAGUCUUCUCCCACCCAUUUAAUCUCAAUUGGGAUGGGUAGUGAAAGUAAAUCUGAAUAAAAUCCAAUUAAAAUAUAUUAAAUAUUUAAACCAAACAAUGACUAAUAGAAAAACAUGAAACGUAAAAUCAUUAGUAUAAUGAUUUUCAAAUUUCACUAAGUUCCAAUUGCCAGGUUCAAACCCCCCAAGUUUUGCAGGCAUCUCUAACUGAAAAUUCAAUCCUCCGAGGAUUCUCAUAUAUUUCGGUGUGCCAGGUACUCCCUGAGCCAGAGAAACUGUCUCAUCCCAAUCACAACCGGCUAACCAAUCAUUAUACUCAAUUAAUUUCUUGUUAUCCAUUCAAGAAAUAUCGCCAAUUAAAAGAAAGAGCUUAAAUCUCUUGCCUUCUUGAACUUCAUUUGGUUUAAGAAGAGUUAUCUUUAUCGUCUUUAAGUUUCCACUUCAAUCAAUUGAGCCACAAAAAUAAAAAGGAAAAGGGAAAUCCUGUGAAGAGAAGCAAUCCAUUUGAAUUGAAGUCGAACCGAGCAUAUCUAUAAUGCUUGCAUCAAAAUUCAUGAAUCUGUUACUUGAAGCAUCAUUGACUAACACCUUUUCUUGACAUAGAAGUCCCACCCAGAAAUUCAAGAUCAUGAAAAUAACCAUUUCUCCUGUAGGAUGAGUCAAAAACAUACAUCAAACCUAAUCCAAAUGCCAGUAAGUUAGAUCUCUCAUUGGACGUAGACCAAACGGCUAAAUUAAGGCAUUAAACCAUCAGUGACCCACUAACAAGGACCCAAAUGUUCCGUGGAGAGAUUUUCGAAGCCACUGAGAAGGGACACGCGCAGUAAGAAUACCUUGUUUUUGUUGAUCCUCUUUACCGCCACCUGGUCCCCAUUCGCUUUAUCUGUUGCAACGAAUGUGUAACCAAAAUGCCCGUGGCCCAAAAGCUUCCCAAUUUCGUACUUGCUUUCGAAAUCUCUCGAGUACCCGAAAUUAGUCCGCUUCCCUAAUGAAACCACUCCAUUCGUCCUCGUCACUUCCCCUUUAUCUCUGUGAUGCUGCUGGUUCUGCGGCGGGUUCUGCUGCUGCUGCUUCCGCUGCUGGUUCUUGUUAUUAGAUGAUUUUCUCUGCGUCUUCUGGGCCUUGUGUUGAUGCUUGUCCGACAAGUUGUUGACGCCGGUGGUGUUGCUGCUGCUUGAGCCGCCCACUUUGGUGGCGUCGGAAAAGCAGGCACCCAUACCUUCUUCCUCCCGCGGCUCCCCCCCCUCCUCUUUCUAUGGUCCGGGGGGUUUGUCCAUAGAGAAGAAGGAAUAUGGCUGGCGAUGGUUAAUAAAUAGAGGUGGGGAAUUGGUGGGGAAAGAUGAUCCGAGAAACUACGAAAGGAGAAGUUAAAGGAGCGGAAGGGGUCAAAAGAGGGGACUUCCGUUGAAGGGAGACCAUGAAGACAGACAAGGGACAGAUGGAAAACACUGCCCCCCCUUCCCCAACGAAAUUGAGAAGAGUGGAAAGCUUCAACUAACAAAGCCGAGUAGAAAAAACUUUUAUUUUCCUCCUCCCUGAUUCCCCCCUGUAACCAUCCAGAGAGGUAAUCUACGAUUUCGCCGAAGGAUAGAUCCUUUCUUCGCGUAUUAAAUAGAAAUCUCCAUCCCCGGAACAACCAUUCUCGGUCACCCUCCAAUCUUUGUGAUUAAACAAAGCAUAAAUUAUCACCUUUCAAAGCUUUCGAUUCAACCCGACAGCAUCAUCAAUGGCAACGUGGGUUCGCGGAUGUGAUAAUUUUUCAUUGUCCGGUGUUCCUCAUCGAACCGCCCGGCGGCGGUUGGGUUGCCCCAACGACAGGCGGACGCGGGAUCGUCGCGUGGACCCAUUCGCGCGUCGGAAUUCGGUUUCCAGGUCGGACGUUUGUCUUUUUAACAGUAGUACGACGAAGACGCUUCUUUGAGGAAGAACCUCAAACACGAAAGAGGGUCUAGGCGUUGACCUGUUCGUGGAGACCCUUUCUGGGCAACGGAGAUUAUAUCAAUUUAAUGGCAAAUUAAAUCAGCUCGACAUCUUUUCCGGAAAGGAUGAUGAAAGAUUUCCCACGCUGGGCAUCCACAACAAAUGAAGCCGCAUUCUAUUUUUGACAAACUAAGCCGUCUGCUAUCCAAUCUGACAGAGAUUUUCAGGGGAAUUUGCAUCAAAAGCUCCAAAGAUUUAGAUACGAGACAAGAACACCCAACCACUCCUCUUACAGCCUCCCGCGAGCAAGAUGCCAAGUCAACUCUUGCAUCUCGGCGGAGGCACGAGAUCUGCCUUUCCUUUCGGCGACACGAGUUCAUCUUUUUGACAAGAUCACGAUAGUUACAGCCGGGCGUGAGACGAACCAACCAGAGAAGGAGCAGGUUUCUGCGACCUUUAUCCAACCCACUCGGCAGGUUGGAGCGGACGGGUUGCUAGGAAAAGGCGGCAUGCAGCACGCUGGCUAGAAGCAGCGACGGGAAGUUUACCUGAACGUCACGUGCCCCGUGCUGACAAACAGAGACAGGGGUCCUUCCUAGAGAGGGAAGGCGGGAAGGCGGGAAGGCGGGAGGGAGAACUAGAGCGAGAGAGCCCGAUUGAGAAGGGCGGCAUGUGGGCAUCCAAUGAAAGAUUACAGAUUUUCUCUACAAAACCCACACCUCAGUUAGUCGCCAUUAAAGCUGUAGAUAAAGGAGUACAGGGAUCUAUGUCGAGUCCACCUCCACACAACGGCGCCUUCCUUCCGAUCUUUCGUUGGCUACCUCUGUCGUUCUGCAGCCUGUUGAUGAAAAGCCUGGUUAGUUGAUGGAUCCAGGGAGCAUCAGAGUAGGAAACUAGGAGACGGGCGUUUGAGUAAUUUCUGAUAUUUCCAUUUCUGCAUUCAAUCAACGUGAGGAGGAAUCUAAAGCUGAGCGUUUUCCAUCCUCAAUCUAGUUUAUCCUUUUUAUUUCCGGAAAAAGGAAGAAUAUAUUAAAAACAGGAGCGUCAGAGUAGGAAAAUAGGAGACAGGCGUUUGAGUAAUUUAUGAUAUUUCCAUUUCUGCAUUCAAUCAACGUGAGAAGGAAUCUACCCCACCCCCCACUCCCAACAUGAUGCCAAGAACUGGUAGCAUCGUCAGUGGGAUAUAUUGGCCACUAAACUAUAUUAUGACAACUAUACCCUUACCAAUCCCCAUUAAAGACAACAUUUUUUAAACAAAAAAUGAAAUCCCGGCACACCAGGUUUGACCUAAUGACGUAGAUUCCAUUUAUGAAUGUUAGAGAGAGAAAAUAAAGAGUUUUAUAAACUAAGCUGUCUUAAUCCUAUCAAAGGGAAUAGGAGAGGAGAAACUAACACAAGACCCAAAUAUGCAUAGGCCGAUUGGGCCUACGAGGCCCAUUGCAACAAAAUAAUAACUAGCAUAGUAUUCUCCCUGGAUGUGGAUCAUCUGUGUGUGUGUGUGUGUGUGCUUACAAGUUAAUUACAGCUUGUCACAUAAGAAAAAUGAUUAUUACCAAUGAGAUUAAUAGUAGAAGAGAUGAGACCUAUUGGCCUCGUGUUUUCUAGUGGGGUCACUGGCACACAAUAGCUAAUGUCUAACUAGGAUGACUGAACAUAUUGAGAAAUAAAUAAAUACUCAUGCUGCAGUUUAUCACUUUAACCCACGGGAAUCAUACUGAUCCCAUUUGGCCAAUAAAUACUCAUCAGUUUAUACUCAUACUUAAUCUUCCAGGGUGAGAUUGGAUAACGCAUCAAAGAUUUAUGCGCCAAUAAUCCCAUUUGCAUCUCCUGUAAUGGGGGCCCGGGUUCCACGUUAACCAAGAGAGGGAAUGGUCCGUUGAGUUAUAGGUGGAUCCCAUGAACAAGAGCUUGGUUCAUUUGGCCAUCAUAUCUUAUUGGUUGGGCAUAUUAGGUACGUAUUGGGAGAAACUGGCAAUAAUGAUCGUAAAAAUAUAAAAGAGUGCCCUCCAUACCCUCUGAAGCUUCUUCAAAACAGAAUCUUCAAAAGCCUGAUAGCCAAGACCAACAAUGUUGCUCAGCUUUGGACUGUCGGCUUCAGCUGAUCUCACAGGAGACCCUUCAGAAAGACCAGUUGCCGCAGGCUGAAGAGGAAGAACCAGUAAGGGAUUUGAAAGGUUCCCGACCAUACUAUGCACAGCAGCAACCUGCAAACACAAAGGAAUAAUUCCCAUUCCAUUUAAUGCAGGCGAUAAGCAAACAUCAUAAACUGGAUUGAUGGAGAAGGCAAGGUUUCUAUGCAUUUUUUUCCCUGAAACUGAGAAAUCCAUACCAGUAAUAGAGUGAAGAAUCGUUUAAGGUAAUACAGAGCCACAUUCGAAAGAGUUAUGUUAAUUAUAAUGUAUCUAAUUACACAGUGAGCUAAAAUAAUAACAUCAGCUAUAAGCUUAUUCACAGCAGAGUCCGAGAUCUCUGAAAGAGCAGGUUUCCUCACACCAGUUGGCAUCUACAGGGUCUUUGGCAAGUCUCUUCAGGCUUGUACAAAUCCGCUUUUUGUGAAGGUGGAUAUAAGAGAAUAGGAAACCACGAUAAGAGAAGAAAAGAAAGCAGGAUAAAUUUCCAGAAGAAAAAAAUAUUAAAUCAGGUUUCCCUGAUGGAAUAAAUGCGUCGAUGUAAUAGCUAAAGAAAAGUUUCGCUCCCCCCCCCCAACCCAUGAUGAGAAUAGAUAUUUGAGGAUUUCCCAUCUCCUCCACAUUCAAGGAUAGCCCUGUUGAUGUCAGACAACGAAUUUUUAAACUCUGCAGAGAUCCUGCUACUCCUUUCCCACCAAAAUCAAAGUAUUAUCGGAAAAUUUUGGGGUUUUAAUUUUAUCGUAAGCAGGAUGUCUCUUAUUGGCUCUGUAUCGCGGUAUUUUCAUUGUAAACAGCAGGGUUUUUUCACCAAACUCAGCAUUCUCCUUUUUCAACAUUUGAACGAAGAGACAUCUGAAAUUCUCUCCAGCCCCGUUCUCCACAUCUUCGAAUUUCAUCGUUCAUACUACAAACAAACUCCAGAUCGAGGUGAGGCCCCAUGAUGAUGCAAGGAAUUUGAAGCGCAUAUUAGGAAACCACUUCUUGGGGAAAGAAAAAAUCCGAGUGUUGCCUCAGAGCUAGGAAACUAUUCUGCCAGAAUUUCAUCUUCUCGUCUAUCAUUAACGAUACCCAUGAUCGAUGUCACAGAUAACUUAACGAGAAAAAGAAAGAGUCUCACCGCAGAAGCUUUGGAAGCCAUGACAACGAGGGCUGAUCCUUUCUUCUUCGUUCCUUUCGACCUUAACAUCACAUCCUCCACCUCUCCGAAGUUUCUGAAUACCUCCCUAAGCUUGGCUUCGCUGUACUCCCCGGCCGUUCUCUCCCAGGAAACUUUCAGAACCCUCUCUUUAUCAAGACCAGGACCUCCGUCGUUUUUGACCUUGUCCUUCCUAGGUCCAGCCCCACCUACCGGCCCCCCGGGCGGAGCCGUUGGCGCGUCACUCCCCUUCUUCUUGACCAACAUCGCUGCCCUGAACCUCGCUAGUUCUUCCUUGAGCCUUGCGGCCGCCUGCGCCUCCUCUCGGCGGGCCUUCUCCACCGGAUCGAGACCGGGGCCUGCCGUGGCGGCGCGUUCCCGUUCCUCGAGGUCGGUGGCGAGCUUCCGCCGCUUGGCAUCGUGGCGAGACUCGCGGAGGAGACGCUCCCUUCGAGCGCGAAGCAGGUCGUCGAAGGCCUUGCGGGCGGCCUCGUCUUUGAGAAUUUCAAAGGAGGAGACGAGCCUCUGGAAGACGGCGGUGGCGUCGGGGUCGUCCCGGCGCUUGUCCGGAUGGCACUCCCUAGCUUUGACCUUGUACGCCUUCUCGAUCUCCUUGAUUGAGAGCUUCGCGCCCUCCUCUCCCGAGGGCAACCCCAGGAUCGCAUAGUGGUCCUCUUCCUCCUCCGACGGCAUUGCCAUCGUCGGGGGAGUAGAAGAUGAGAGAGAAGAGAAUUGGGCUCCUUCCCCUACUGAAAGCCUGGAAAUAAUUUGACGGCGUUGUUAUUUAGCGGAGUCAACGGGCCGAAGCCUAGAAAAAUCGGACAGUUGGCCCAUCGACCCCAUUCCUACGAUUAUACGGAUCUGUACAAACCUCAGUCAAUCCGAAGGAAAACCGGACAGAUUUGGCGAGGAUCAUGUUUGGCUACCAGAUCAGCGGGGCAAUUCACUUGGAGAAAUAUAAAUUCCAUUCGACGUAGAUUCUUUCAAGUAAUUGAAAGGAAACUAUGGAUUCAUCGUGGUUCAAUUGUCACUUAUUUUACAUGGUCGUUGACUAGGAAUGCAAUUCUCGUCACCAGUUAAAUCAUUUUAUUUCGAUCAUAAGAUUGAGAUGAUAAUUAAAGCUAAUAUUAAAAAUAAUUAUGAAACUAAAAUGUUUGUGCUGCCCAGCAAUGAUGAUGGUAUAAUCGUAGAUCACCGAUCUUUUAUUGUUUACUUUCAUCUUCAUGUUGUUGUUUUUUCGGUAGAUUCUGAACAUUAAAUGUUAAUAAAACACUCGAAAAUGAUAUAUUAAAGGAAGUAUUCCGUCGUAAUUAUCCUCCCAUUAACUCCUCAUCGAAGGGCUUCGCAUCCACGUAAAACACGAACAUUUGGCAGUUUAAACCCCCGUUAAGAGAUGAGAGGAGGGAUGGACGGGAUGGAGAGGGUGAAUCCGCCGGACCUCCCUAGUGAGAGAAAAUAGAACAAGUUUCAGGGAGAUGGAGAGAGAGAGAGGGACAGACGGAGUGGACGUUCUUAUUGAGAGAAAAUAGAACAAGUUGCAGGGGAGAUGGAGAGAGAGAGGAGGAGGGUGAGGCUUAAGUCGACCACACGUCACGGAAGGUGGACUGGAAGGAAACGAGCACCAGGACCAGAACAACAACGGCCGCUACGGCCCACGGCGAGCCGCCUUCUUCCGAGGCGCCGUCCACCGCCCAUCUCCGCUGGUCCCCGAGAGACAAGCCGAAGGGGAGGCCCGACCCCUGGAACGAAGCCGCCCAUCGGAUGGCGAAGAUCAGGAGCACGGGCACCGCCAUGAGUCCCCAGUUAAGCCGCUGCUGGGCCUCCUCCACGGCAGACUCGUACGCUAGGAAUAACGGGACACCCAGAAGAAGCCCCACCAGCCCCAGUAUCAGCAGCACCGGGUACGGCACUGGCUGCACCCCAAGGUUCUCCAACGCAGAAGGCCCUCCACUCCCUGUAUAGUAGUCCAUAGAAAGAGAAAGCAAGAAGGAGAGAGAGAUAGAUCGAUAGAUAUUUACAUAUAUAGAGAGAGAAGAUUUCGCAGUUUCGAGAGCAGGCGAGGCGGCUGGCCGCUUGAGUGGAGACGAUAGAAGAGAGAGAGAGAGAGAGAGAGAGAGAGGAUACCGCAGUUUCUAGAGCAAGAGAGGCGGGUAGUACUUUCUCGAGUAACUAAGAUGAGCGAGUGGUGUUAAAAGAGGGCCGCAAGCCUGGCCGGCCAAACUUGUUGGAGAGGAGGACAGGACUCAGAGGAGAUGAAGCGAUGUGUCCUCUUCGCCACGGCUGGAUUGCACCAGCGUGCGGGUCGUAAUAAUAUUUUUUAUUACGAGGGGGGAAUUUGUUUAAAAAUAUCGUGUCGUAAUAAUAUUUUUUAUUGACGUGACAUGAAGAGCUCUUCUGCUCCGUAUCCGAGAGAAGCGCACACGUGCCAAACACGUGACCUUUUUUUCUGUGUAGAAGGCCCUUCGUAGAUUCUCGAACCUCCCACUGGAAUAGUCUCCAAGCGCGCGUUCCUGACGUGGAAGAUUUUGAUUCCGGGAAUCGCUUUAGGAAAAGUGGUAUCAAACAGUUCUGCGUAUUUGUAUACUCGUAGAUCGAUUAUGGGGAAUACGUGUACGUAGCUGACGUGCGCGUACGUGGUGUGACGGUACGUUUGAGAGCGGGGAAUCACUUCAAAAACCCUGCUGGUCUAGGGUUCCAAAGCAAUGUAGGUGUCGAGAGGGAGGGGGAGGGAGAAGGUGACCGUUACUCGGUCAGCGGGAGGAGCACAGCUCCUACCCUGGGCGAUGGCGAGCGCUGCCGAAGCCAUAGACCAGGCCGCGCACGCGAAGGCGGUGGAUGAGAAUCUAUGGUGGGGCUCGUUUGUCAUCCUGCUCGAGCAACUCGAGGGUGCGCCUGUUUCUACAUAUGGCUCACCUUCUCUGGUAACAACCGUUGACGGUGGCGAAACGAUCUCAGACUACCGUGUCCAGAAGUAGAGAAUUAAUGCCUCUCAUCGGUGCAGGUGAAGAAGCUGAAGAACAACCGUUCUUGGUUUCUGGACUCCCUUACUCGCUUCAAGCCCCCAAAUGCCUCGUCAAGAGAGGGCCUGAACUCUCCGGAGAUAUCGUUUGGGCAAAAACGCUUACGUAUAAAACCGGAGCUCCGAGAAAUCGCUCUACUUGCUAGCGUGUCCCUGGUAAGCAAUACUUUCAUUUGCCACAACUAUUAGCUGGGUAUCACUGGUAACAUUUAGUGAGAUUCUUUCCAAUCUGCGGGGUAAUUUUUGCCUUAUCAUUUCCUUCUCAACAAAAGUGCUUCAAUUCAUCGUGCUACGUUUCUUGACGAUAAAGUUUGAGAAUAUACAUGUUGUCCAUAUACGGUACAGAAUUGGACACUAGAAGGUUAUGUUGGCGGAGUGACGUACCAAUAGAGGGCAAGAGUGAAUUAAUUUUUUCCAUAUGAAACCACCUAUCAAACACAAGUCAGCUGCAUUUUGAUGUCCAUUUUUUGAUAUCUGGGGGGAUUUUUUUUGUCUAACCUCCCGAACUAAUUUUUUGAUGUCCUUAUUUCUAUUUUCGUGGAUGCUUUCUUUAAUUCAUUCCGUAUAUUACAAUGGUUAUCGCUAUUUGAGGCAAGUUUCCUUCAAAUGUAUGCUUUCGAUGCGAAUGUCUUUGUGAUUUCUUCAAACUUGUUUUUUCCACCGUAGUUGUGGUUUCGAAAGGUGGGCUUGCUUGCCAAACGAGUAAUCAAGUAUAAUAUCGCAGUUCAACAGCUCAUAGAUAUCUGGGGGGGUCUAUGUUAAUAAUAUGUGAUGUUCAGACACAAGCUACUGUCAAGGAACCCCGGUUAUCGUGACAAGGAGAGACAUCACCAUAGGAAAAAUGGCUCUCUGGGUGCAUUUUUGUGCAUUCUCCAGUUGCUGUUACAGUUAUAUUGGUGCAAUGAUUCAUAAUCUUAAAUUCAAAAGCCCGACUAAGAUAUUGGUGUUUUACCCUUAAUUUCGAUUUCAAGUGUUGCAAUAUUUUGACGUGAAGAAAUAUCAGUGUCUCCCCUUUUAUGUUACUGUGCGGGCUUAAUAGAAUGACGACUAGCAGACGUCAUAAUGUCUGAACAAACGUGAUUAUUUUCCAGUAACUAUUGAGCUCAAAAUGAACUAAAAAUAUUAUAACUGUCUAGUGCCUCUCCAAUGAACCGAAGUGAUGUCAAUUUCCAGUGCCAUGGAAAUGGUCGCACACAUGAAUCUGGAGACUCAUUGUAUGUAUUUGGGUUGAUCAAAGGUAGAUUUAUUUGGAGUUAAGAUUCAGCUUUAUUUCUCCUUAAUUUGAAAUAAGCUAGAGAUAUACUCUGGUGAUUUUCAAUUUUUGGCCCAAUGGUUGACCUAUAAGGGAGGAUCUCUAAUAUUGUGUGGUUACAUCUUGUGCUUGUUGAAUAUUUUUGAUGCCAAUGUCUGGCGAAACCUGAUUUUUUUUUUCAUUGUGUAGUAUUUCCCAUAGAUUAUUGAAUAUUGGCGACGUUUUUUUACUAGACGUUAUCUUUUUUGACUGACACUUAAUAUGUGGGACACAUUAUAAAAAUAAUCAUGGAAUCUUCUUGCUUUAGGUACAAAGAAGUAAAACCUUACGAAGGAAAAAAGGAAGGGUUUGUUGGUUUGUUCAUUUCCAGCUAAUGUGCUCGUUGAUCUUAUUGAAGCAAAUAAUAAGGUUUAAAGAGGUUAACUAUGACAAGAAAGAGAUGAUUGCCAGUAGAGAGCAUUUACAUUGAAUCCCUGUAAUUUUCGUACCUCAAGUAAUCAGCUUGAAAUCAUUCAUGACCAAAGUCUUCAAGUUUGUUGGAGAAAGUUAACUGUAGAUACAAUUGGUCCAUUGGAGGUCUAAUCCUAUAAGUUAAUGGGCACAAUAGUCUUGUGAACGAUAAUCUUACAGGAUAUUUUUUUUUUGACAUUGACUCUGAAUUUGUGCUUCGAAGGUACUAAUGGUGACUGUGUUCGGUGCGAGUAAUGCCCAUCAUGCUUCUGCAUUUGGAAUCCCAUGCUGUUCAAAAUGUAUCUAAUGUUUUGAUUGCUAACUUUAAGAGAAAUCGGUUGUAGAAUUUUGUGGCAACAUUAUGCAUGAUGAUUUUGACAUUGCCCCCUGGAUUUGGCAUGCGUUUGAAUUUUGAAUGGCAUGGGACAGUGAUCUGAAUUCUUGGACUUGCUCUAGUGCAGUUUCUAACCAAUCUAUGGAAUGUGACGAGGACAUUAGGUAAUCAAAACCCUGUCGGCGUUUAGGGCCUUUGUUGAAAAUAGAGAAAUUUGGUCACGAAGGACGGAGGGGAGAAUGGCGGAAACCGCCUCAAAAUUCAUUCAACUCUAAUCCCUAUUAUAUAGGGAGUAACGAUACACAACUUUUGCCAAAACACCCUCAACUAAUUAACUAAUUUGUGACCUAAAAUUUCCAACACUCCCCCUCAAGAUGAACUUUGAGAAAUUCAUUUUGGCUAAAUUGGUGAUGACAAAAAAGUACUACCCUCUGAACAUUCACUUGUUGGCGAUGAUAAAGAUCUGUUGUUGCAGCAGCUCUCCCUUUGAUGGUAAUCACAGAUGACCACCAUUGAGGUUGUAGAUUCGCCAACACCCUUUGCUCCUUUAAUGUUGUCAUGCCCCAAAGACAGCUCACCAUGAAUAUGAUAGCACCAAACAACUGUGGCUUGAUCAUGAUGAUCACUAUGUCUCAGGGCUGUAGAGCCUGCCUUGGAGUCAUGAGGUAGUUGACAGCAAGCAUGCGGAGAAUAUUCCUCUGCUUGGAGAUCUGCAUAGUGUCAAGAUCUGAUGCAAAGGCUCUCUGCUAUGUCUGUUGAUUUGAUGAUGGGGCUUAGCUCUCAGGAGAGGUGCAGGCCAGCACCCCUCCCAUCGAUCGAGUAAUGAACUCGUGGAGAAAUUAGAAGGUGAAGGCCAUUUUGAUGAAAGCAGAGCUGAGCAGAUAGCACCAUACAACAUGGACUGUAGCAAUGUGGACUGUGGGGAACUUUGGUCACCAGACUAGGGAAGACAUAGAACUGAUGUUGAAUAGAGGGAGACAGACUGAAGAGGACGGAGUAUGACACUAGAUUCAGACACGUGUGGAUAAGAGAUUGAUUUUACCGCUCAUAAAAUGCUGAUGAAGGUGGAAACGAUGGUAACACAGACCUAGAUAUUUCAGCCUCUAGACAGAAGGCUUGAUGCAGACAAAUAUGACGCCAAUGAAUUUGAAGAUGUCAUUGACGAACCUGCUAUUGAUGAACUCAAAUAUACUUUCAAAUGAUAGAUGAAGAUCAGUGCUCUCCCGUCAGUAGAACUGCCUCGCCGGCAGAGAACCUCGCCAGAGGAGGAGAUGACAGUGGACUCGUCGUCCUAGACUAGAGGACUGAUGGAAGUAGAACCGCUCGAAAUGGCAGAAAGAAAACCUGCUUGCAAUGGCAGGAUAUCAUACCUAUAAACGGCGGAAAGAUAACACGCCUCCAAUGGCGCAAUAAGUGCAUCAAGAUGAUGCCAGAAAGAAACUCAGCAGAGGCACCAGGCAUUCCCUGUUGAAAAUGGAGAAAAAACCUAGCCAUGAAGGACGGAGUGGAGAACGGCGGAAACUGCCUCAAAAUUCAUUCAACUCUGAUCCCCAUUAUAUAGGGAGUAACGAUACACAACUUUUGCCAAAACACCCUCAACUAAUUAACUAUUUCUCUAUGACCUAAAAUUUCCAACAACUUUAUUCAAUCCUUUCUGUUCAUACUGUUAUUCUAUUGUUGAGUCAUUCUAUGCGGGGAAGAGCCCUGUAAUCUAAUAAGUUGUCUGCCAUUUUCUUAUUUGUUGGUGCAUUUUUUUCCAGAGCUUAGAUGAGGUGCAAUCAUACAUUCUGGUUGAUAGGACCAUUAAUCUUGGAAGCUUGCUGUCUGAUUAUAGGCAACCAGAAAUUCUACGCCCUGUGAGUAAUUUUCUUCGUUUCUUCCUUCUACCUUGCUCGGUGGCAUCUGCCACAGUUCAUUUUUCUAUGUCAUUAGCUUUACGUGGAUGCCUUCCCCCCCUAAUUUUCUGGUUAUCAGAGAUAUAGAUUCUUUUUCAGUUUUUUUGUUUUACUGCAUCCAUAUUCAUUUAGUUUUAGGAAUAUUUUUUAACUGAUAACUGUUUCAGUUCUGAUCAUAUAUUAUUAAUAUGAUUAUUAUUAUUUCAUAUGGAAUUUUUUUACUGUGGGGAAUUUCGUAAGCAACUUCAUACUGAUUUCCAUGUUCUUGUUUCACAGUGUGGUCAUGGUGUUUACAUUUCAACUUUUGAGUACUAAUUUUCCUUGGCUCUGGAAGAUCUGAGGUUUAUGCUAACAUCUAUCUUGCUGACCUUUUUUUUUCUCCUAAUGUUAUCCAGGGUUAAUUUCCCCAUGAAGAGAGUGAUGUCCCCUGGGCAUUCCUUUCUCUUGAUAAGCCUGUACAUUGAAUUCUAUAUACCUUCUUGGCUGCUCUUACAAUAUUUAACUUGGUUGUUCUAGAUGAAUGUAAACGUUGUCUAAAAUAGGAAAUCUCUGAUAGGAUUCUCUGUUUAUGGUUGUUUGGCUUUGUUUUUGUAUUACGAGGGUUUUAUUCGCACUCUUUUCUUGUUUAUUGACUUUUAUUUACAUGAACUGCUGUGUUUCACUGUAAAAAAAAACCACAUGCUUUCACUAGAUUAUCUAAUGAUUGUGAACUGAAACAAGCGUUAGAUUUGAUCAUUUGACUUCAUGUGUAACAUUUGGUCCUUUUUUUGAUUUGCAGAUACUGAUUCAAUAUUAUCUCGAACGACAGUGUUUGUUGAAGUGCGUCAGGUGGAUAUUCAUGCAUGCGUGUAUGUGAAUGAUAUUAAUUCAAUUCAUGCAACUUAUUUCAGCAAUUUUUUCACCUGCAUUUUAUUCGUUCUUAGGAUAUCCUUGUACUUUUACUGUGAGCUUCUUUAUUCCUUUCGGAAGUUGCUUAACAGACAUUUUUCAUAGGAAAGUAUGUAUCCUGGGUGUGUAUUGACUGAUAGACUGCCCUACAGAAGGCACUAACGCCAUUACUCUUCACUGUAUUUGGAGCUUUAUGCAACCUGGAGUAUGAACAUAUGAUACAACUUAGGGAUCCUAUUGGCUACAAUGUUUGUUGCAGAAUCAGAUUUGAAGUCCUGGAAAGUGUAAUGGAAGAAUGAGGCAAGUUCAGAGUUUGACUAGCUUUCCUUAUCAUUCCUAAUGGAGGAAUCAAACACCAUCCGACAUCUUAGAUUUGAGCCCUUCUCCAUUGCAAGUGACGGUUUGUUUAUGUAGACAGUUUUACAUUUAUAUUUCUCAUGAAGGAUCUGACUGAGGCUCUUGAUUACAAUAUUAAUUAAGUGGUACUUAAUGGUAGUUACGGAGUAUUGGAAAUGGCAUUGGAUACUGGUUAAUAACUCUGUUCACCUCAUCAAUUGAGGAUGAGUUUAUCAGUUGGUUGUUGAGGCAUUCAAGUUUUUUUUUCGUUAAGUUUUAGUUAUUAUGAAAUAGGGAGCGAGAAUUCAAUUUGAUGAUGUAGGGGUAAAUUCCACUAUUUUUUGAACCUAAUGUUUAACUCCAAGAGCACCAUAUUUUGUAGAUUGUGCUCUUUCAUUCGGGUUGUUUUGGAUAUCUGCUUGUCUCCCGUUAUUUGUUGCUGAUGCUUCUGAAUAGCUGUCACACCUACUUUAUGAAUAAAACACGGGCAGCUGCUUUCGACUUAGGCAUAUUCGUUCUUCUUGUUGACUUUUUUCAAAAUUCUGAUCUCCACACUAUUUUCCCCGAUCUGACCAUCUGAAUAUGCUGUUCUGUGGCGGAUAUAUCAAGUUUUUUUUUUGUUGCAUGGCGAUCCUCAUGCCACGUACUUUACUGACUGACAGUCAUUGUUUCUACAUCACUCCCUGUGAGAAAAUGUCUAUAAAUUUUCCUUCUUUCAGUUGCCUUUUGAUUGAUUAUUGAUGAGUGAUUGGAAUGUUGUCUUGCCAACAUGGAUUUCCACCUGAUCCACCUGGAGGCAGGAAAUGUUGUUACUUUCUAAUUCUCAAUAAUACUGGAAUGUUUUGCUUUUGAUUUUUCUUUCAUUUACAUGGAUCAGCCCAGGCAGUGCUGGACGGCCCUGAAACUUUAAUUGAAGGAAACUUUAUUAGUUUUAAAACAGUGUGGUACAUUAUAUUGACCUUUUUAUGCCCAUAAUGACCUGGAUUGGUAGUUGUUCAAAUCAGUUGUGACAUUCAACUUCAGUACUUUCAGCUACUGGAUUUUCCUAAUGCUCAUGUAUGAUGAAAGCAUCGUGUCCAUUGCAACUUUUAUAAUUUUGUGUUCCAUUUAACUUGAAUGCUUAUCUGUUUCAUCAUGGAAAUCGGCAAAUAUUGGUGAUAUCGAUCUUUUGAUUCUUCAUAAGUUGCUUUCAUAAAUGAUAUCAAGUUGUUUUCAUUUUUCAUCAUGGCUGUAAUUUUGUUUAUGGUGCAGUGUACAUUGAAGAUGAGUCUCAUGCGUCUGGUAAUAUACGUGAGGUGGCUCUGUCUUUGGUUCAGGAUGGAUUAGAGAAGAAAUUCCUCACUAUUCUUGAAGAUCUAUCUCAGUCAGCGUUUCUUCAGAAAGCGGUUAUUUCCUAAUAUGUUUAGUCCUUUAUUGAGUUCUUUUGCUUUCUAGCUGAAUGCAUGUGUGAACUUCUAAUCACUCAAAAGUGAAUGUUUGGAUUUUUUUAUGUUGCAAUCUCUUUUCAUUAUUUUUAGCUAGCAACCAUUAAUGUAAUUCACACAGUGCCUCUCUCUCUCUCUCUCUCCCCCCUCGCUGCAACUUUGUAGUGAGGAAGGACUAUACACUUUGUGUAGGUUUAUUUUCAUUCCUCAAGUUCACAGUAGGCAGAUUGUUGCUAGAUUCUGUAUCAUAUUUUUUUCUCCAAAAAAGGUCACGUAUUGUGAUUUGUUAAUGGAGAGCCGGAUAGAAUAAACAUAAAAUAUUUUCAGUAUGUUGAGGAAAUUCCUCUGCACCUAAACCCGUACAAUGCCAUGUAGUUUCAUUAUUUGAAGUCCAGCUAAAACACUUGAAUCUUUGAACAUAAUUAUCUUUGUUAUUGUUGAUGUUGCAAUUUGAACUGGUUUUGGUUGUUAGGGGGUGUUUUAACUGUUCUUUCGGUCACAUUCUCUGCUUUUGGCAUGAUCCGUGCCAAAUCUUGUCACGUGUUUUGACUUUUCUGUUAAUAAGCAUUUCCACGUUUAGUCUGUGGUUUCUUCUGUAGAGUAUGAAACUUGUAAUUGCGUUUUUCUAAAUGACGAUUAAUUAGUGCUGUUGUUCUGUAUGUGCAUUGUCACAAGUUCUGAUAGUGAUUGGCUUAUUGUCACAUUUCUUUCUUUUAUUGUUAUUUUCUGUUAGGAGGUGGAUUUGAUCACAUUGUGGGUGGAGGAGAUUCUCAUUGAAAGCAAUUUGGUUUUGGAUACUUUUUUUCUUGCUUAUUAUGAAAACUUUUGUGGCUGCAAGGGAGAACAGUGGAAAAAGUUGUGCAUGCUUUUUAAGGUACAUCAAUAUUUUCUUUUACAUUGUCUCGAAACUAAAUGCAUGACCUUUUUAGUUAACUUGUAAAUGUGACACAUUUACAGGGGAUGAUAUCUGGUCCUUUUCAUAUUGGAGAAAUGGCAGAAUCAUCUGAAGCGAAAAACUCAUUCUACCAUGCAAAAGUUCAGCUAGUUCUUAUUCUGAUUGAAACGUUGAAUCUUGAAAAUCUUCUUAGAAUGGUGCAUGAUGACGUCCCAUUCAGGUUCUAAGCAUACUUAUGCAUUGCCUUCCUACCUUUUUCUGUGAACCUCUAAAUUUUCCUAGAAUUUUAUUCUUUCUUGAUCUUAUUCAUUGGUUAUCCAUCGUCUUUGUGUCAGGAGUGGUGGCAUAUUUUCAUUGGCGGAUAUUCAAGAGAUGGAUGCUAUAAUUUCAAGUAUGAUCCCUUUAGAGACUGCUGAAGCAGGGCCUCUGAUUCUUGCAUGGGGUGUUUUCCUUUACCUGGUCUUAUCACUUCCAGAUAAGCAAGACUACCACCCGCUAAUGGUCUGGGUGCUUUUUACUGUUUUGUACUAACAAAGAUAUCUAAUGUGCGUAUAAUGAUUCCUUUUUUGUUUAUUUUUUUCCCAGGCAACAGAUAUCAUGGGGUAUGUUCAAAAUGCCACAGUUAAUGGGCCUUUUGUAUAUUUAGUGGAAAUCCUCCAGGGUGAUUUUGUGCUUAAUUCGGAUGUAAGGCCCCGGUAACAUUCAGGGUUUUACUUUUGCAUCGUCAUAUGGUGUUGCCUGCUUUUGGUAGUGACCCACUUGUUUUUUUCCGUUGUGAUAAUUGGUAUUGCUGGCUCCAUCAUAGAGAUAGGGAAAAUUAACUUGGGUGUGAAUGGUCCAUAAUGUAGAAUUUCUUUUUUCAAUAUUUUUUUGCGUUUCCAGCAAUCAUUUUCGAUCCUUUUUUACUUCCUCAGUUGGUAGCACUCUAUUUGAUAUUAAAUACGCUAAAUUAUUAUUUACUACUUUAUUUGUUUGUCUUUCCAUUGUGAAAACUUUACAAGAGAUUGAAGUGUAGAGGUAUAGUAGGGGGGGAACCAUGGGAUGAAAAUUCGUAAAUGCCCUCACUUUGGUGGGUAUUCUUGAGGAAAACGCGCCUCAACUAGGAUAUUUGUUCAUCCAUUUAUGAACUGCAAAGUUAGUGUAAGACUUAUGUGGAGCAUCGGAGCACAGAUGUAAUGGGAAAGAAGAAUGAGGGGAUGUAAGUAUCCAUUGUGGGAUGCUCAUGGUUCACGAACAGCUGCGAAAAGAUAAUGGCCCACAACACAGGAAUUAGUACUAGUUUUUUCUCUUCUCUCCCUUCUUUGUCAUUUUCUCAUCUUGUAGUUCACAUUUUUUUUGUUUUCUGAAAAAGAUCUAUCAGUUGCUUGAAGAUUGGGACAGUGACUCUUCUAAACUGCGUACGUUUGGUUUUAGUCACAGCCAUUAACCUUUAUGGUUUCACUCUGUCUCUUUCUAGGUUCUAAACUUUCGUCAAUGGGAUGCAGUCACUGUGAAACAGCAUCUUUACUAAUUGUCAUAGGGACAUGAGAUGUGAAUAGUUUAUUUUCAAGGUCAUGUGGCAACAAGUGGAGCCAUAUACAUGUGGCAACAAGUGAAGCCAUAUAUAUUCUCAUUCCUGCUAUUACACAUCCUCCCUGUCUACAUGCAGUCAUCACAACUAUUAGCAGGAUUUCCCUGUCAUGGUCGAUCACUGUUUCAUCAUUUUUAGCUAUUUCUAGCUAAUUAUUUGGUUUUUGUUUCAUUCUCCAUUCAAAUGACCGAAUUAUACACAUCAAUUGUUGUUUGUUUAUACUAGUUUUGAAUCUGGAUGUUCAUAAUAUUUUUGGUUGUAAUAACUGGUAAUCUUUAUAUUGCUAAAUAUUUGUUCGUUUUAAAAGUGCGCUCAUGUUAUUAAAUUUAAGAGCUCAAAUGAAAGUCUAUUUGCCAAGUUUGAAAAGGCUGUAAAUUCACUAGAUUUUGUUGAAAUAAAAUCGUGAAUGUUAGUCUUCUUCGUGACUAAUUGCAUUCUCUCUCAUCAGUAAGGUGAUCCAUCAUUUGACUUCAUUAUGUCAUUUCCUAGACGUUAUUUACACUGUAACAAGUACUAAUGGUAUACAUUGCUGAAAACUACAUGACGCCAUUGCAUUUAGUUUUGGAUAGGGCGUGUGAAUUUGAGAGUAUAAUAUAUUUUUUUCAUAAUAUAUAUUUGAAUAUGCUGUGGAAUCAUGCAUAUAUCGCCAUUUAAAAAGCAUUAGUGAUUAAAACAAAAUACAGUACAUUUUCGUAUGCUUCUAAGUCUGGAAUGCUUAUGUGCAGGGCCCUGUUUCUGGUUAUCUCAGUGUCCUGAAAACAUUUAUUUCUGCAUUUAUUACAUGCUUUCAGAUAGCGGACCAGGUAACAUUUUUCUUUUGAUUAAUGUAGGCUGUUUAAUAAAAUAGAUGUGGAGGCCAUCUCUUACACAUUCUGUUUGCUCUAUUUAUUUUCAGUCAGAGAGCAACACUUUGGAAUUAAUCCUAGAAAUUCUUUGUAAAAUCUACCGAGGGGAGGUAAGGUCAUAUUUUUUGAUCUCCUGUACUCAUCAGGCCUAUGUAUAUGAAGUUUUUUUUAUUAUCCAUUUUCCAUUUGUUUCCUUAUGCUACAGGAAUCACUUUGCAAGCAAUUCUGGGAUAGAGAUAGUUUUAUUGACAAACCUAUCAGAUCAUUUCUUUACUCUUUGGAGAUCGAUUUUCCUUAUAAUAUUCUGGUUGUACGUUUAUUGUCAGCACUUUGCGAGGGACCCUGGCCUGCCAAAUGUGUGUAAGUUUUCUUGCUCUCUCUCUCUCUCUCUCUACUUCCCCAAUACUACUGCUUCGCUGUUACUUUUCUAUAGUCAACAAAUUAUCUAUUCUUUUAUUAUAUUUUUCAUGAUAGGUAUCUUGGCCAUGGUUCGUGUGUGAAUCAUUUUUAUUGACAUAUAGAUUUAUGCACAUAAUUCCAUGUAAAAGAAUCCUCAUAUAUAAGGUCUGAAGUCUUCCUUAAUUUUCUGUCAAUAAUUUUCAUGAGAAACUGUACUUGGGUUCCUUGGAAAUUGUUGUAAUGUGAUUUUUCAUCAUCUUUUAUAACUUGUUAUCCUUUAUCUCUUUUGAUAGACUUGGGAUAAUUUUUUUGAAUAUUUUGGCUCAUCUAUAGAUCUAGACUUUCUUGAUUUGUUUAAGUUUGGGUCCUUUCCAUUGGCGAAAGUGAGUGUUAAUUACAUACUUUUGACAAAGGAUGUAUGCUGUGAAAUUAACACGCCACAAGUAAACAAAAUUUAGUUUCUCAUUGAAACAUAUUCAGAUUUUGGUUGUUAUUUUAGGACCAUGGAUAAUGGAUGGGAUGAUACUGACUUGGUGAAUCUAUAAUGUAAAGCUUAUGUGAUAGUUCUACUUGGUGUAGCCCAUUUAAGAGUUUAUUGGAUGAGGCUCAAUUGUAAAACAUAUCAUCCUUUGUGGGAGACCUCCUUCCACGAGGGAUUCUAACUUUGGUCUUAGUGCUCCACGAUUACUAGUAGAAUUCCGUGCGAUGCUUGUGGAGUUCAAAUUAACUGGAUAUAAUUUGAUACAAUGGUCAUAAUAUAUUCAAGAGGUUUUGAUUGGAAGAGGAAUAUUACAUCAUUUGUUAGAAGGGAAUCUAGAUCCCUUGUCUCAUGAAUGCCAUAGAUGGAGAGAAGAGGAUGCACUAAUCAAGACUUGGAUUUGGGGAACGAUGAUUCCUCAAAUUAGUUGAGAUUUUUUCUUCUUAGGUAGAGUAAAAGAUUUAUGGGAAAAACAGUUCACACAAAAUUCUCACAGAAGAAUAAUGAGGCUAAUAUAUACGAAUUAAAGACAAAAUCAAUGUAUAUAAUGCUGGGAAAUAAAUAUGUGCUGGAAUAUGUUGGAGACUUGAAAGGUUUAUGGCAGGAACCUGAUUAUCACCUUAGUGACGACACAAAAAACCUAGAUUACUUCUCUACAAAAUUUCAUAGAACGAAGAAGAGUCUUUAAGUUUCUUUCAGGACUUAACUAUGGUUUUGAUCAUGUCAGACAAUAGAUUUUGAGUCACGAGAGGAAAUCUGAUCUAGAUGAGGAAAGUCGUCUGAAAUUGAUAAUGUUAUUAUUGCCUGAAAUUGAUAAGGCUGCGUUUGUGAUUAAACCGGGUGAAAAUAUGAAGAAAGCCACAGAUCAGAUUCAACAUCUUCAACCUGGUCAAGGGAAAAAUCAAAAGUCCAAGUUUCAAAAUAAUAUAUGGUGUACAUACUGCAAGAAACCUUGUCACACUAGAGAUAGGUGUUAUAAACUUCAUGGUAGACCACAAUCUGUUAGCACUGAAAACAAUGGAAGUCAAGCACAUUUGGCAGCAUAAUUACCUACCAAUCAGAUUUUCAAUCAACCAUCAGAUCCCAAAAAAAAUCCAACACUCUCUUUCGUUUCAGAUAGAUGAGAUAGAAGGAUUUUGAGUUGAAUUGAAAAAGUUGGAAGUCAACAGUGACAGAUCACUCAUUAAUUCAACCUAAUAAGUUUCAUUACUCUCUUCGAAUCAGGGUCUCUUUUAGAGACAUUUCUAACAAUUGGGUAGUGGACGCAGGAGCAAUGGACCAUAUGACGAAUUCUUCUCAUUUUUUUAUCAAAUACAAUCCUUGUCUUGGUGACAGAAAGGUAUCUACUACAUAUGGAUCUUUUCUAACAACUAAUGGUAUAAGAGGCCUUAAACUUGAACCCUUUCGGAAUUCUUAAUAAUGUCGUUCAUAUCCCAAAAUUAUUUACAAAUUUCCUCUCUAUCAAGAAACUCGUGAAAGAUUCACCUUAUCGUGCCUGUUUUGAUUAGGAUAUUUAUGUGAUAUUUGAUAAGGUACAUUGUUAGAGGAUGAGAGUUGCUAGAAAACGUGAAAGACUCUUACUAGAAGGAUUUGCCAAGCGUACCUAGUGGAAGCAGAUCAACACCUAAAGCCUCUAGAAGAUGAUCUUGACAUACGAUUACUCCACCAAAGAAUGGGUCAUCCUUUCUUCAGCACUUUGAAAAUUCUUUUCCUAGGUGUUCUUAGACAUCCUUAAGUGUGAUGUGUGUAAACUCUCUAAACACACUCGUGCUUCUUUUCAAACUUAAGGAGAAAGUGAGACGAUUGUUACUUUUAUAGAUGGCUGUACACAGUGUAUGUUGAUGUUUCUUCUAAAACAGAAGUUUAAUGUGUGAUAUUUUAAUUUUUUUCUAUGCUAUGAUUAAAAAUCAGUUCAACAUCAGUUCAAAGAAAAUCAGAUCCAACGAUGCUAAAGAAUACUUUAGCCAAAGUCUGACUUCGUAUUUCCAAUCAGAGGGUAUCUUCUUGUGUAUAUACUCUACAACAAAAUGACUUAGCUGAGAGGAAAAAUCGACAUCUUUUAGAGGUAACUUGAUUGAUUCUAUUUCAGAAUAAUGUGCCAAAAGUUUUCUGGGGUCAGACUGUCAAAACAGCUACAUAUCUCAUCAGUAGAUUGUCCUCUAGAACCUUAGAGUAUAUACUCUACAACAAAAUGACUUAGCUGAGAGGAAAUAUCGACAUCUUUUAGAGGUAACUUGAUUGAUUCUAUUUCAGAAUAAUGUGCCAAAAGUUUUCUGGGGUCAGACUGUCAUAACAGCUACAUAUCUCAUCAAUAGAUUGUCCUCUAGAACCUUAGACUUCCACAGUUCUUUAAUCUUGUUAGCAGUCCAGUUUCAACACCAUCAAAUUAAAACCAUGUUAGAACCCAAGAUAUUUGCUUGCUUUGGGGGUUUUCAGCUGUUGUAAAGAAAGUUGCCAUAAAAAUUAAGAAUUAAAGGUGAGGUUGUGAUGACAAAUGAGUGCUACCAUAGUUCUGAUGAGAGUCGACAUUUCUCAAUUUGACUUUGAAGGAAUCUGAUCUUCCUUGUAGAUGUUACUUUUUAUAAACCCACCAAAAUCUAGAUGGUCGGCUUAUUCUGGUGCAGAGUCUGCCAUUUAUGGCUGGCUGGGUGAGAUCUGGGCUGGAUGGCCCAAAUGGUUGCCUGGAUAUGUUUUAAAUUAGUUUGGAUCAGUUAAUAUAUUAGUCUGCCUUGGAAAUAGUCAUGCAGAAUUGAUCCAACAUUUAUUCUGGAUUCAUGUCCCAUAAUUCAUUGAAAGAUCCAUCUAGGAAAUGUCCAUGAGACAUUAUUUUAAAAUGACAGUCUGUGGUACUUCAACCACGGAGGAGCAAUUUCAUUUACGUUUUAGUUUUAUUAAACUAAUCAGGGCUUUUGGUCAAGUAGUUGGAGGAUGUUUGUGGCCAAGUUUCGGAAUGAUUUUCCCCCCCUUUUUUUGUGUUGGUUGGGAGGAGGGGGGGAAGGUUUUCGAAGUAUCGUCAAUGGUGACGAAGGAGGAGGUUAAGCACCCAAGGCGUUCAUUCUGGCUUUGCUAAUCGCCAUUUAUAGACGUGAUGACAUCCUCAAACAGGUUCUUUCCAAUAUCCAUUCACGGGUGAUUGACACUGCCUAACCAGAAACCUGCAUUAAGCUGGUAAUUUUUUUUAAAAAAUUUUACAAUUUAUUUAAUUACUUCCAAAAAGGAAGUUUGUACAGAAUAAAACAAUAUUUUUAGAAUGAUUUUUAUUAAAUAAUAUAUUAAAUAUUUAAAAUGAAAUAAUAUGUAAAAAUUUUAUGUACAUUAUUUUACAUUCAUAUAAAAUGUAUGUAAAAGUAGUGUCCCCUUGGUAUGAAUUAUUGGACCAUUGUGUAAAUUGCCUUGAUCUCUUAAAAGCCUUGGGGGGAAGUAACUGUUCAGCUAGAGACCCAGUUGCAUGCUUGCAGAAUAAUAAUAAUGGCAAUUUCUGUGGAUGGCUAAGAUGAUGUGGUGGCUCUUUGUAUGCGUAGUGUGAGCUUGCAAUCUAUAUGCGGCCUCAUAACUUCACUUUUUCCACUUUCUGUUAUUGACAUUUAGCAUAUUGUUGUUGACAUAUGAGCGUGUUUUUAUAGACAUUGGGCUGUCAUCGAUGACUGUAAAGUAUGGUGACUUAAAUUGAACAGGAUCCUUUAAACCAUUCGAAAGAAGUCAUGAGGCUUGUUUUAUUUUUUUUUGGAAGAUGCAGUUGGGAUGCUUAUUUGUAGGGGUUAAGGACACGAAUGCAUAUAAUAAACACUGGUGUGGAUUAGUUGAUUCUUUAGUUAUAAGCAUUAUGGAAAACUGGUCCUUUGUUCCAUUUCACGAAAUAAUUGGUUUCCCGGAUUUUUUAACUCUCUUUUUUUCGUGUGCUUCUGAAUCUUUGCAAGUACAGCUCUGGAAUUGAAUGUUAUCCUUUGUGUUGAUAGAACAUUGUAUCUGAAUCUGUGUUGUUUGAUGUCCAGAUGCAACACCGCGGAUGCAGAAUUCAUUAAUUCGAUUGUUCUGACUGUCCACCAUGUAGAAUUGCACCUGUUUUAUUGUUUUCUGAUGUAUUAGACCCUUGUUUUGUUGCUAAUUAGGAAGCCCUUGUUCUUAUAAUUCACAAGUGAACAAGGAAAGACAAAAGAGGAACGAAUUCACAAGAGUUGAGCCAUGCCCAGUAUCGAGGCAAUAUUAUGCUCCGGAUAACUCUCCACAAAUAGGCUUAUCCAUUGAUGUAUGAAUAGGGUAAUUGUGUGAAGCUCUAAGGGUAUGUAAGAAAAGUGGAGGGUUAGGGUAUGAAAGAGUAAAACACAUGCAAACGAUGACCCAAUUUGUUUGGAACUUUAUGUUUGCUGGAUAUGUUUAUCUUCUGGCAUCUUGUCUCUGUCUAUGUUAUCUACAUAGAUUGACUUUGGAAGUCGGCCUAAACUAACUCUAAAGUGUUCAUAUGUCAAAAUGAUCUGUCCUGAAUAGUGCUGCAACCCUAGGAGGAUAUGCAGAUAAAAAAAUUCAACUCGCAUCACAUCAUAGGUGACUGUUAUAUACACGUAACAGGGCCACAAAACAAGGAAACUACCAGAUAACUAGGAAACUGACAAUCAAUGACUUAAACUGGCAAACUAGGAAACGGUCUAACUAAGAACCGAACUCCUAAUUUUUUGUUCUUUCACAAAUUAUCCCAUGUUGAAAGGAAUCAACUACAAACACAUUUGGAUUUCAGUGGACUUUUAAGCACUUCUUUACUUUUCCAGAGAGUAUAAGGGAGUUUGACUUGGAUUCGUUCACUAGUUUGACGUUUUUCAGUGCAUUUCAAUUUGAAAUUUACUCUCUUUAGCGUCAAAGUCAUGAUUUACUAAAAUGGCUGACUCAGGGUAUCAGCCUGGACUUUAUAUCAAAGUGAUGAGUUAGUUCCCAAAAUGUACAAAUUUGUGAAUCUUUUUUCUUCGCUGCCUUGGUUUUCUUGACCUAGUAUUUUGACGUUGUAUCUUAUUCUGCACAUUGUGCUCAGUUCAUUGGUAUUGAUAAGGACUCCUUGUCUGUCUUCGUUUCAGAUUCUUAGGGAUGCUUGUAUUUUUCAGUAGCAACUAAUGCAAGGCUUCAUCCAGGACUUAAUAAAAAUGUUUUCAGUUUUCAUGAAUCUGUCAAAGUUAAUGUCCACUGUGUUGGUGUAAUGGCCGAAUGUUUUGGCCAAAAUUAAUGGCGCUUGAAAGUUCUCAUUUCAUCAUUACUGGUUAUGCUUUGUUAUCUGUUUUGCCGCCAGCCUUAACAUGAAGGCUUUAAUUGAACCACAGGCUCUGUUUUUUCCAUUAAAGUUAUUGGGUUCUCAGUAUAAGCUUUGGAAUAUCCUGUUUGUUAUUAUCUACAUGGUCUGAUGAAGUGAUUGGCAUAUCAUGCCCCUCUUUGUUUAUAUGUUUGCUAAAACUUCCCAUUGCAGAUUCAACUUUUUGUGCAACAUGACUUAUACGACUUCAUUAUAUGAAGUUCCUGGUGGUUGUCGGACAUUGAGUAGUGACAUGACUGUUGUGGCGCCCCACCUGUUGUAUGUUGAAAGUUUUGAUGUACUUACCAUUCCGAGUGGAGUGCAGGGACAUGUUGUGAGAAUAAUUGACGAUAAUACUGCCCUUAUUCGGUGGAAAGUAAGUGCGUGCUUCCCAAUUGGUUUUCGGUUGAUUUUAUUUAUAUGACUUGCUGGUGAUUGGUAUUGUUUGGAAAAUUGAUCUGCUAUAUUUUCCUUAUGCCAAUAAAACUAGAUCAUCAGCUACCUUAUGACAUUCCCUGAUGAUGUCCCCAUCCAAACUAACAUUUAGUAAGCUAGUGCCUUGAAAAAUGGACAAUGAGAUGUAGUUACCUUUUAGGUUUUAUUCGUCUAAUUAUUAAAAAAAGAUAUGAUGCAGGAGGAGCUGAUGUCUGGGAAAGUUUUUUUGUUUGGAUUUUUAGUCCUGACGGUUGGAAAAACCUGGGAUGCAUCCUAUGUAUUGCUUUUCUUUUCUUUCGGUGUCAUACAUUAAAUAACAUCAGAAAAGCUUGUUGGUCGUCUAGUCACAGUACUUGAUUGGCAUCUCAGAGUUUAGAGAUUCUUCCUCGAAUCUCCUCUAUCCUUUGGUCUUUAAUCAUUACAGUCUGCCGAUACUGCAAUUUUCCUGUAAUCUGCCUUACCCUAUGAUCUUAAUAUAAUAUUCCAGAUGAAGUAUAAUCUGAUGCGUCUUCGUUUCAUUUUUUUUUUAUAAUUUUCUCUGCGACUUUAUUGCUGCCCAUCCUAGAUAUUUGCUACAGUCAACUAUAGGAAGGUAUACAUGAUCAAGUUGAGAUGCAUCAUUGAGCAAAUCGAAGGAAAAUUAAUUGAUUGAGUAUAUUGUCUGUCACAGGGAUAAUUAUUAUAACUAUUUUAUGACUGAAGGAUGCUGUAAGCUAGGCUUCUUAUUCUUUUCGUCAGAACUAGGACACCCAUAUCAGCUACUCAUUUACUGGUUGUGAUAAGGUUAAUGUGUCUUUGUAAUAGUUGAUAAUGCUUCUUAUUCUUUUUUGUCAGGACUAGGACACCCCCAUCAUCUACUCAUUUACCUGUUGUGAUAAGGUUAAUAUGGCUAUGUAAUAGUUGAUAAAGGUUCUAUGAUCUUUUUUUGACAUGUGGCAUUUAAUGCAGUGUGGUUAUUCUGGAGUCAUAGUGCUGCUCUUGCGCCUGGCGCAGGAAUUUCAUUCAAAUAGCUACAAGAAUAUCUCUCUCACCCUUGAUCUGCUUUAUCGGAUGUGUCUGUAUAACACGGUAAUUUUUUUGAGCUAUGAGCAUGAUGUUCCCAUCUUUUGCCUGUGUUUUUUUUUUUUGAAAUCCUGUAAUUUUUGAGGGGUUCCUUGUUUAGUUUAAAUUUUAAGGCUUUUGUGUGGAAAUAUUUUAAUUAAAUUAUUUUUCACAAUUCUGUCACAUCUCGUGGAAAUAUGCAGUCUGCAUUUUUUAUAUUUAGGACUUAAAUGGGAUUUUGAGCGGCUUCUGGUUUAGUUAAGGUUUUAAAACUUUUGUGUAUAAAUAAUCUUUGAUUAUAUUAUUUUGUCACAAUUCUGUCACAUCUUGCGGAAUCUGCAGUCUGCAUUUUUAUUUUUUAUGUAGCGAAUGUGGGCUAAACUUGAUCCAUCCGACAUAACUAUUGUUUUUUGUUGUUUUGCAUUUUUUAUUUUCUACUCAUUAUUGCUCCAACAGAAUGGAAGAGAAUAAGGUCAGAAGACACAAUUCUUUGGCUGGGGUGAUGAUAGUAUUGAAUGGCUACUUACACUGAUUAGUGUGUGAUCAAAGCAACUGACAUUUUGUUUGGGUCCACUUCUCUAGGUUAGUAAAGGAAAAACUUAAAAACUCUCAAUAUCAAAACGCAGGAAAAAUAUUUUUUGCCAUUCUUGUUCUCCUACGGAUGAAAAGUACAUUGAAAUUGAUUGUUCUGAAUUAUAUUUCUUCAGGUUAAGCCUGUCUUCGUCAUAAACUUAUUAAAAUUUUUUAUCUCUUUUGAUUUGCGUUGUCAGUUCCUGAAAAUUUUACAUUAUUGCAGUCAGGGAUUCAUUUUUAAAAUUUUUUUCAUUCAAAUUUGAUUCAGAGAAUAUGUUUUGCAUUAAUGGAAAUCAGUCAUUCUUCCAUUUUGCAAUCAGCUCAAUUAAAGGCAGACAUGGAUACAACUUCAAGGUUUGUGAUCUGGAUAAGACUGUUGUGCUGAAAGUGUGAGUCUUUACUUCUCUAUUUACUGAGCAGUGGUGGCUCACUUUGUGGUUUUAUUUGCAGGAUUGAUUUAGUGAAGGUAAUAUGUUCCUUGGCUAUGAAAUUAGUGCGUGGGGUUGGUAGCGCCGAACUUGUGUCUUUGUGCAUAAAUAUUCUUGGCGAAAUGUUGAAAUGGUGAAUACUUCUGGUCCUUUAAUUUUCCUUGGUUACACAACAAAAUGGUUAUAUUUUUCUAUUUGAAGUGUUAUUAAGGACAAGAUAUAUGUCUUUGGCUGGUUUUGCUUAGUAUAAAAUACGUUAGCUCCUGGAUCAGAUGUUUCAUACGUUUUUUAUCAUGUUAAAGUUUGUGCAGUGACCUGAAGGGAAUACAAGAUGGAUAUUUAAUGUUGACUCGGAUUUCUAUUUACCAGUAUUUUUGCUUGUGGACACAUCAUGUAAAUCAAAUAUGAACUGACAGCAUAAUACUUUGCAUCACUUUUGUAUUUUCUAAAUGCAUUGGCGGGAACCGCUGUUAUAUUUUAAAGCAUCACAUCCAAGGGUAUGAACUGAGUUAUUUACCAAAUCAAAUAGUAUAGAAAGAUUUUAUUUUGACAUUAAUUACGCGAUAUACCGUCCUACUUGUUAAGUUCUAUACAUUCAGUUUCCUGUCUCUUCUUAAUGUUUGAAUGUCAUUGCUUAGAAACUGAGUUUCCCAACAUUUUUCUGCGAGAUCACGGUGGAUUUUCUAUUGAGAUUUGCUUUGAAAAAGAUUCAAUUAUAUAUUCCUUAGCUUCUGUUGAUCAUUUGUCCUUGUCAUAAUCCCUGAUUAUGUAUUUCUCUGAAAGCACUGACAGCAUUUUUUAUUUAGCUUUAUUAAAAAAGGUGACACUAAUCUUCUCUUUCUCUUUCAAUGUAGCUCACCAUCAUAUGUAGUUGAACUGAUUCUGAGGGCAAAUAUUUUUGGAAGAAGCUACAAUGGUCCGUCAAGGUGAGUGAAUUUAGUGAUGAUUUUUGUGUUUUGGUCGAUGUUCGUUGUGCAUCUUUGUAAUAAUACAUUUAAGAAAAAUCUUCAAUUAGCUUCGUUUUUUAUGCAUAUAUGUACAUGUGCCCAGGAUUGAAAGAGUUGAGGCACAUGUAAGGUAGACAAACAGUGUCUUUUAUGCAUGGUUGUCUUUCCUAUAGAACAGAGACACAUAAGGCCAUGGCAGGGAAGAAAAAAGGUAGAGCUAAGUUGGUUUGUUGGAGGGUUGGGUGGUUGAAUGGUUGGGGUCAUAAAGCUUUCUGAGAAGAAUGAAUAUGUAUGGUUCUCUGAAAAGAUUGAAUGUACUUUGGUCCAGCCUAUUUUUAUAUAAAUUCAGUGAUUUCUGAUGAGGUGUAUCUCAAUAUGGAUGUGUGAAUAUUGGUCUAUGCAUGUUUCAUACUGAUUUUCUUGUGUUCUUUAGAUUUCAGUCUUACAUAAUUUUUUGUUUCGAAAAAUAAUUUUUUUAGUCCAAUUUCGAAAAAUGAAGUUGUCCACAUAUUGGAUCAUGUGACUCAAAGCCAUUGUGCUAAAGGAGGAUGCUUCAGCUGUUCUAUCGCAGCGUCUUAUUUGUUUCCCCAAUGCGUGAUUAUUGUUGUACAUCCUCUGAUUUCUAGUCCAAUUUCAGUUAGGUUUUGACAUAUAGAAAAUAGAAAUUUACACUACUCUAGAGCAUAACCAUUAGCUCUCAUACAAUGUUGAAGUAUUGGGCCAUCCAAAUCAAAACUAAAUUACCAUGAGUGCGGUAUGCCCAUUAUUAAAACCUCAUAAGUUUAUUUGCUUAUUCAAGUGUGAGAUAUAGAAAAUAUAUAAUAUCUGCAUUCGGCUCAUUCUAGCUUUUUCUGAUACACAUUAAUUUUUAUUGUGCUUUCAGUGGUCCAUGGUUUCUUUCCGGAGGUCUAGCCAAAAUGGUUUUGGCCGAGUGUGAACAGAACAUGAACGUGUGUUCAUUAACUAUGGCUGGUAUGCUUGUCUUUGGGUUGAAUCUACCUUUCUUUGAUGUAAUGUGAAGUACUAUUUAAUUCCUUAUCAACCUGCCAAAUAACGCCUUUUGUGUGUUCUCUCUCAAGAUUGGUGCGAUUGCAUCUUUGUUCCUUGAAAUGGCUUUUUAUUACUCCACCAGCUGGUUCCCUCUAGUCAAAUAGAAAGGGAUUGAAUCAUAAAUGUAUUGGGAUAGUAAGCCCAACAAAUCUACUGGGCCAACUAGUUCGCACCCCAAUAGCUUGAUGUACAUUUAACUCUCUGACCAAAAUUGUGGCGAACAACAUCAGAUCUGCUCAACCAGGGCCGUUGAGGAUCUAUGAAUCUCAAGUAUGGUUUGCUUGCUUGGAGGUUAGCCAUCACAGGUGGAGAUUUUGGUGUCUACGAUUUUAGAUGCAUUUUGACCAAUUGAAAAAACAUCCUGGGAUCCGUCAAAACACUUGCCUUGAAAUUUCAUAAUGACAGUUGCAAAAUAUUGGUUUACAGUGUGUCUAUCCAUUUUCUUGGAUUAUGUAAAUUGUGCAAAUUGUUUCAAUCUUCUGUAUCGUCGUGGACCGGCCUUUUUAUGUAUAUUUACCAUUCGUUCCAUUUUUGGCAACUAUGCAGUGCUAGAUUUUACUAGGCAACUCGUGGAAGUCGGAGCAGAUGAUGAAAUGGUAUCUUCACUCGUGAUAUUCGCUCUUCAGUAUGUUUUAGUUAAUCAUGAAAACUGGAGUUACAAGUUUGGAUAUGACCGUUGGAAGGUGACACAGAAGGUACAUGUUUUCACUUUUAUAACUGUGAUAUUUUUUCAUUAAAUUUAACGUCAGUUCUGCUUAAUCUUAACUCGUUUAAGUUAUUUCUCAGCGAAUGUUUCCAGACCGCCUUGGCAAACAACUGUUCACGUUUUCUUUGAUGGAAGGAAUACGCUCCAUCUGAAUGAUUUUGUGUGAAUAUAAGUUCAUAUGAACACAAAAACUGGUUUUUAGGCCGAGCUCAAAUAUGUUUUGGACUGGGUUCGAAGUUUGUCAGGAGUAUACACCAAGUUCUGUCCUCCUUUCCCCAUCUCAGUAUCUCUCUCUCUCUCUCCCGGUUCUUCCCUCCCUCCACUCACGCCUGCACUAUCUUACCCCUCUCCACUUUCCCCCCUCGAGCAGAGGGUUUUCUCUUCCCUCCUCUGCCUGCAUAUUCAAAUCAUUGCAAACCUCAUUCCAACGUACUACCCAUCCUUCCCCUUUCCCGUCUCCCUGGUCUUCAUUCCAUCUCAUCUUUUUCUCCCCUUUCCUCCCUAAACUAGAAAAUUCCUCUCUUCAACCUCCCAUCCUGGCCUAUGAAUUCUAGUUUGCUCAUCUUCUGAGGCUUGUCUGGACUUGAAAACGAUGUAUUGGUUCAACUUGUACUUUGCAAGGCCUGUCCCAGCCUGGUCGCAUCCUAAGAGUCAUGGGGAGGAUGGUAGUAUGGCAAUAUGAUUAAGAUUAUCCUAGCUAAACUCUGAAAUGGUUAUCUUCUUGGGUUUAAUGGGAGGCUAUGUUCAUUUUUUGAGGUAGAUGUAUGUAAGUGUUCCGCCAAGCUAAUCUACACCCGAAAUUUGAUAAAGUUUAUCACAUUAGUUGGAAACAUCAAUCCUAAUCUCGUCUCUGUAAUCAUCAUAUAGUUGUUUCGCUUUUUAAAAAAAAAAACAGUUGUCAGACUUGGGAAAGUUGUUGAGAGAUAUUACUGGUAAUAUCAGAUAAUUGGUUGUUUAUGAUUUUAUCUUUUUACCAUUUUGUUGAAGGAUCCAUUGAAUAUGGCUGCUUAGUGCUAUAAAGUCCUGAAAUAAAUGAAUCCAGUGACUUAUACGUUUAGCAGUACGUAUAUAAGUGCUCUUGUUUAUAGUGUCGUCUUAGGAAGAAUCGUAGAAAUUGUGUCAUUGUAUUUGUUACGCAGAACAAGUUUUUCUAUAUUAGGCUUUCCUUCUAUUUUCCUUUAUGUCCUAUUAUUAGAUGUAUUUCCUUUUCGUGUUUCUGUUAUUAGACCUUUCUAUAAUAUCGGAAAUGUUUAUUAGAUGCCAAUAUAUAAAUACUGGCGUACUGCCCUUAGAAAGGGCUAAGUCAGUUUUUCCUUUCCUACUUCUAUUGUAUCUUGUAAUGUGGUAUCAGAGCUUUCUCUCUGAUCCUGUGUAAAGACUGCCAACAGAAGAUCAACCAACCUUGGUGGCGAUGACGUCUCCACAUUGUAGGGAGUGUCGCCUGGUGAUCUUCUUCCUGUCUACAGUACCUGAAAUUGUGAGGUUUCUUGGUCGUAAGUAGACCGACGGAUUCCUUGGAGAGUCAUUACACCAUCAUCGUUUCUUGACAGUGGGGGACAUCUACAGAUACACCGUCGUCGAUUCUUGACAGUGGCAGGACGUCUAUGAAUACAUCGUUGUCAUUUUUUGAUGGUGGCAGAUGUCUGCGAAGACAACAUUGUCGUUUUUUGACAGUGGUAGUUAUCCUCAGUUAUUCGGACCACAUCAGGGAAUCUCUGUUUGAGAUUUUUUUUUGGCUAUCUGGUCACGGUUGAAAAAUAUGGUGACAAAGGUCAGUGAAUCUUCCUUCUCUGGCCUAGGACAUUCAUUUGAAGUACUUAAGGUAUGUUCAGAUCUACCUAAAAUUACUAAGAGAUUUUGAUUUGACAGAAUCAAUUUGUUCCAAUGGACAUCAUAUGUGGAACUUACUCUAUGUGAGAGGAAUCUGGAUUGUCACCUAACGCAAUCCUCACCAAGUAUUGACAACCCCGGAUAUUUUCAAUGGAAAGAAGAAAAAGCAUUGAUUCAAUAUUAGAUGCUACACAAUAUUUCACCAAAGAUAAGUGAUAGAUUUCUUUUUUUGAAAUAUGUGAAGGAAUUAUAGGGCAAGGUUCGUCGUGUUCACUCUACUAACCAUGACGAAUCCCAAAUUUAUAGAUUGGUAUAGAAAUCUCUGACUUUGGUACAUGAAAUAUUGAUUGUUCUGGAAUAUGCUUGCGAAUUGGAAUCCAUUUGGAGAGAAAUUGACCACUACAAACCAAUCAAGAACCUUGAUACUAAAGAACAAAAUUAUAUCAUGAAAGACAGGCUGUAUACAUUUUUGAUGGGGCUAAAUCUAGAAUAUGAGACUCUAGUAAAUCAGAUACUUGCUCGAGAAGUAGUACCAGAUAUUGAAGAGGCAAUUGUAUUACCUAGACAAGAAGAAAAUACUAAAAAUUUGAGAAUGAUUUAAAGAUAGAAAAUGUUGCAUUCAGCACUCUCAAGGGCAAAGAUACCUCUGUAUUAAAAAAGGAGGACAGUAAAGUAUCGUUCAUCAAAGGGGAUCCUAAGAUUAAUCUGAAGGCACACCUAUUUUGCACUUAUUGUUGGAAAAAUUGUCACACUAGGGAGACAUGUUGGAAGAUCCAUGGCAAACCACUGAAUUAUGGUAAGUUGCAUUUGGCUAAUGCUCAAAAUGAAGAUGGUGUUGAGCCCAUGAUACAAGGAGGAGCUAGUCAAGAUGGAUCUACUUCCUCUCGUCCUUCAGAGAUUGGAAAACUCAGAGAAGAAAUUGAACAAUUGAGCAGCAUGAUCAGCUCCACUUCCUUUGCACAUACUAGUAAGCAUUUUCCUAAACAUUUUCCACUAUACUUAAAUAUCUCAUCAUUGACAUCACCUUCACCCCAAAAAGUGUCAUGGAUCAUUGAUUCUGGAGCUACUAACCAUAUGAACACCAUAUGCAUCACUAUUCAUAACAUAUGAGGUAUGGAGCAAUAAUCGGAAGGUUAUAUAGCAAGUGGGGAUUUGUUUCCUAUAGCUAGCAUUGGAUCAAUUCAUCUUGAGAAAUUAGGGCCAUUAAGAUAUGUUCUUUAUGUUCCAAGAUUGAAUGCACAUCUAUUAUCAUUGAGAAAAUUGGGCAAAGGCUUGAAUUGUUUGAUAUUAUUUGACGACGAUUUUUGUUUCUUCUAUGACAAGACCUCAGGCAGGAGGAUUGGGCAUGUUAGAGCACGGGAUGGACUCUAUUACACAGGGCGUAUGGACAAGACAUUGUUGACAAAUUCUAGUCCAAACAUUUCUACUUUUGCUUCUACUUUUCUCUUGAACAAAUUGUUGUUGUUGCAUUGUCAUUUAGGACAUCCGUCAAUAAAAGUACUUUGGUACUUGUUUCCAAAACUAUGUCAUGCAAUUGGUGAAUCUACUUUCAUAUGUGAACCAUGUCAAAUGGCUAAGUGGCGACGAAUUUUAUUUCCCUCUGCUGGAAAUAAAAGUGAAUCCCCUUUUUACAUGAUACAUUCUGAUAUGUGGGGCCCUUCUUCAUCCAGUGGUGUUAGGGACUUCAGAUGGUUUAUAAUCUUUGUAGAUGAUUGUACUAAGUUCAUAUGGAUUUACCUAAAACAAAAUCAGAAGCUAAUAGUGUUAUUUAGAGGUUUAUCAAGCUAAUUCAAACUCAGUUCAGUAUAACUCCUAAGAAAUUCCGAUCAGACAAUGUUAAGGAUUUUUUCAAUUCUAUUGUCUCCAAUUUCUUUGUUGAGGAGGGCAUUGUUCAUGAAUUUUCUUGCCCCUAUACACCCCAGCAAAAUGGGGUAGCUGAAAGAAAGAUUGGGCAACUACUAGAAAUAACAAGGGGUGUCAUGUUUAAAGCCCAAGUGCUGAAGUACUUAUGGAGUGAGGCAGUACUAACGGCCAUUCAUCUUGUUAAUCGUCUCAUUAGAAGCAUUAUUAUUUAAGACUCCCAAAGCCGUAUUGUAGGGUCAUUAUCUGACUGUGCAGUAUGGACCAAAGUUACCUCUUCGAGUAUUUGAGAGUGUUGCAUACAUCUAUCAAUCUUUGUGGACUGUCUAAAUUUGCCCCUAGAGUCGUAAAGGCAAUCUUUGUGGGCUAUUCCAAUACAAAAAAAGGAUAUAAAUUUUAUGACCCAAGAUAUCAAAAAAUUAUUGUGACAAUUAAUGUCACUUUUGAUGAAAGUAGUAUGUAUUUUCAGCAGACAACAACUCAAGUAUCUAGUUAUGAUAUUUUUGUGCCAAAAAAACACGAUUUACAUAUUGAGAUUCUCAAAGGGAAUGAAGCUCCUGAAAUGAAUUGA